AUGACAGCUAAGUAUCUGGAUGUGUUGGUGGUCUUGUCUCCCCUCCCCACAAGUCCGCCGUCUGUCCCCUUCUCUGGGGAGAAGGCUAGCCCUCCCCGCGAAAGUUUCCUUCACGCCCUGAAACGGGGCAACCCUACUCCGCAACCCGCAGCACGUCUGAAGCCCGCGGGCGCGCUGCACGUGGGAGAGACGCCCGGUCUCCCGAGGAAGCAGGCGGCAGCCGCGACGGGCACAAAAGGCAGACGUCACUGGCUCCUAGCCGGAGAGAGGGAGGGAGGGAGGUCUCUAAGCAGCGCGCUGCGCGGACCUCGGACGCGGAGGCGGAGCAGGAGGGCGGGCCGGGCCGCCCCUGUGGGCGAGCCCGAGGGAGGGGCGGGAAGGGGCUCCGCCGGCUCCAGUUUCCCCCUCGGGGGAGGAGGCGGAGCGGCAACCGCGGCGGCAGCAGCAGCAGCCUCAGCAGCCUCAGCCUCCCUGCCGCCUCCGCCGGGACCUGCUGCGGGCGCGCCUGGUCCUGCGCUGCCGCUCGCGCCCCGCGGAUCCCGCUCCGGACGGCGCCUCCCGCCCCCUCGACCCUUCCACCCGCCGAGCCUCGCCAGGAUCCCCGCCGGGCGCUUUAUGAGCGCGGAGGUCCGGCAAGCGCCGCCCUUGCUGCUGCUGCCGCUGCCGGGGCUGCCCCCGGGAGCUCUCCGCAGCUGCCGUCGGAUCUUUCCUUCGGCGACCACCACGCGGCGCGGGCCCCGCUAUGGUGCUUCCCCUGGGGUAAGUACCCCGUCAGUACCCCCGUCUCAGUACAUCCUUGGGAUUAGAGAAUGGUAGAGUGGGAAGGGUCCCCGGGGGUCAUCUAGUCCAACCCUCUGCAAUGCAGGCAAUUUCCCGGGGGCCUGGGUCUUCUUCGCGGGAAGCGGCGUCGGAUCAUUUCAGUUACCUUCCUUGAUUGCUCGCAAGGCAAGCCCGGUAGAUUUCCGCGGGGUUUACUCGAGGCUCGCUUGAUCGUGCGAGUGUUCCCGCUCCGAGAAGCCCCACGGAGUUCGCUGGGCUUGCAAGCUUGGAUGUCGUUGCCAGGUGCAGGAGCGCGCUGGGCGGGGCGGGGGGCUCUCGUGCGGAAAGGAAACUUGGCGUUCCCCGGGCAAACCUGCUCUCGACGGGGCGGAGGAAGGAGGUGCGGGAAGCAAGGGGCGUCUGUGGACGAAAAGCCGUCGGGAGGGCGGGGGCGUUGCGCGAGGAGCGGUCUCUGGCCGCGGAUGUUGCGCGGUGACGAGGAGCCCUUGUGUGGCCGGUUCCUCUUUGCGGGAGAGCACGUCGGAGCAGAGGGGAGCUGCUCGCGAUGGGGAGGAGAAAGGGAGGCGGCGCGUUUGUGCCCUGCACUCCGCUGAGGCUUCGGAGGUCGCGCCGUCGGUGUUCUUUUAACUUUACCAUUUCCUGCACAUUCUGGACUCCCGCUGUGGAGUCUGCGCCCCGACCGGCAGGGGGCGCCACAAGGAAGGCUCCAGAAAAGGUUCUUUGGUUGGGCACCUUGUUGGGGGGGGGGAACACACGCCAAAAAACCAGAUCGAUUUGCGAGGGAAGGUGGUGGAGUCAAAAGCCAAAGGGUUUGCGCAGAUGUUCUCCAUUAUGCAGAACCGUCCUUGAUGUUAUCUGGCACUUCUGAUCUUUGAGGAGGGGAGAAGGGAGGUUUUGGCUGGCUAAAUUGCCUUUGAAGAAUCAAGUUAAAUUUCUGACUUGGCUUCUAUGAUGCUGCGCUCAUUAAGCAAAAGGAUAGAAACCUGUGCCUUGCAUUUAGCAACUGGCCAGGAAUUCCUUCCAGGCAACUGAGGGAUCCACUUGGGAGAAGGCAAAUUUAUUUUCUUUUUACUAGCCUAUGUUUCUAUGCUGACCGCAGGUGAUGGGGCUUUUCUCUGGAAGUUUUUAUUUUUCAGCCUAGUAACUUUUGUGAACCCACCUACAAGACAGCUUAAAAGAAGUUAGUAAGCUUAGGCUCUUUGGGCUUAUUCCUAGCGUUGCAGUCUAAGAGAACCAGCACCUAAAAUCCUGUCCUAUUUACUUCAGUCUGACAGAGCAAAGUGCCUUAGAGCAAGUGGCCCACCUAGCGGAGUGGCGUCUACACAGGCUGGCAGCAGCUGUCCCUAGUUUCAGACAGGGAGCCUUUUCCAGCCUUCUUACCUGGAAUCCACUACCUAUCUGGGAGUUUGAACCUGGGGCCCUUGACAUGCAAAGCAGAUGCACUGAGCUCUGGCCCUUCCUGCUCUAGAGGAAUCAGAGGGCAUAUGUUGCUAUUAUAACAAUUACAUAAAAUUCAGAGCCCUUUUCGUUUGCAGGUUGACUCUGGCCCAUUUGAUAGUCCUUUCUUUAAAACAGGCGUAGCACAGAGGACCUCCAGGUAAGCCAAUUGUCAGGGGUUGUAGGAGCUGUAAUCUGGAGGGUAGUAGUAAUAAUAAUAAUAAUAAUAAUAAUAAUAAAUUUAUUGUUUAUUCCCCAGCCACCCUGGGUGGCUCCCAACUGAAUAUUAAAAACGCAAUAGGUUAGUUACACCUGAUUUCGCCACACCUGUGUUUUUCCUUUUAACUAAAAUGAUUCAUUGGGGAACUUGCAUCAAACAUUAAAUAAGAAGACAUUACUGUUUAUGAAAAACUAUCACAGUAGCAUGAAAUUAAUAACUCUAAAAAGAAGAAUCCUUUUAUCAAGAGUCCAUUUAUCCUUAAAGGCUUUAUAAAGCAGCAUACUUUUGAUCAGUCAACAGGCAAAGACUCAGGCAGGCCUUUCUUGGCUGCAUUUUUUUGGUCUUGGAUGCAGGGUUAGAAACCAAGAUAUAUGAGCUAGGCAAUAAAUGGCUCCUCAAACCAAGGUUGCAAGUCUCCAAAAUGGAAUGUCUAGUUGCUCUUUUGGGGCAUGGCGGCUCUAAAGUCUUAUUUUUCAAAUGAUGGACUGACUGUGAUUGAUUCUCAGUUAAACAUCUCACUAGUUCAGAUGACAACCUUGAGCUCAGUUAAGAGCUUUGAGAACUCAAAGAAGAAAAGUCACUUGAUCCAGGGACAGUCCACAUAUAUAUUGGCCUAUUCUGACCUCUUUUUCUUAACGUUGAUACAGACCUUUCAUAAUGUAUAAAUAUUCUUCACAACUGUGAGCAGGGUAAGUGAAGACAAGUGACAACAAUUAACUAUAACGUCGUUCAGUGCUUCUGUUCAGGCUGCACAGAAGAAGCAUUUUGUUUCCUGAAAUUCAUUCUGAUUGUGCAGAUAAAAUAUAACCAAGAGAAUUCUACAGAAUGUGGUCUUAGUGUGUGAAAACAGUCCAGGUCCAGAUCCAAGGAUCCCCAGGCAGGCACCUCCAGAUGUCAGGUGCCUUCCCGGCGCCCAGGCAUCUUCGCUUGGUUGCAGGCGGCUAAGAGCCAGGGCAAAAUGCACCCGGCACCUGGCUAAUUUCAAACACUGCUUGGGUGGACUAGAUGGGAUUUGAGUACUGGCAUUUUAAAAGCCAUGCUUCAUUGUUUACAUGUAUUGUGACGUUUAAUAUACAUGCUAACUAGUUAUGCGACCCUCGAGCAAAAGACAUCUGAAGACAGCUCUGUUUAGGGACGUUUUUAAUAGUUAAUGCUGUAUUGUUUUUAACACUCGAUUGGGAGCUGCCCAGAGAGGCUGGGGAAACUCAGCCAGAUGGGCGGGGUAUAAAUGAUAAAUUAUUAUUAAUAUUAUAAUAGUGAAUUACUGCUUGCAUAUUAUGCUGUGGAGUUUCAAGCCUAUGUAUCUUGUGUCACCAAGCACAUGUGUUAGCGCAUGCAUGCAUCCCAGUGGCUGGCUUUACGCUUGAUUCCUGUAUUCUCCCUCGGUGGGUUCAGUUGUUGAAUGAUGAAGAUGCCCAUAUAGAUAUUGUCCAUGUGUGGCUUUGACAAACAACUGCUUGUGAACUCUUGUCAUGGAGUUGUGUCUGCAUGCAGGACUUUGUUUGAAUAAAUACUUACUACCAGCGCACAAUUUUGUUUCUGUGUAAUGUGGGAAAUAACUUUUAUUAUACACCAUCUGAAGCCAGAAUACCAGUUGGGUUCUGCUUGCUCAUAAAAUACCGUAGGUAUCUCUUUGUGUAAGAGGCCCCAGAGACUGUUUUGAUUUAUUGGCCUUUAAAUCUUCAGAGAAUAACCUGACGUAUUGUGCAAAUGGUCCUUAUUGUGCCGAGUACUGAACUGAUAAAUGAGUAUCAGUUUGUUGCCAAGUGUAAAUGCUAAAUUUAAACAGAAAAUAAUCCUUAUGGCAUUUUAAUUGACAGAAAAUGUGCUGGUUCGCAUAUCUCAGAAAACAAAUUGAUUAGCUAGAUUUAUAAGUUUAUAUCUAGCCAAUAUCCUAAUGUUUUCUAGAAGCAAAUAAUUGAACCUUUAAGAAACAAGUGGUUGUGGUUUUUUUAAGGGGUGGUUAUAAGAACCACAUAUUUCUGAAGUGUUCAGAUUUAAAUAGCAUUCUAUUAAAGCAUACAUGCUUGGGGCAGAAUGAUUUUUAUUUUUUAAAAUGUCAAGCUGUAUAAUUCAAACAGCCCAUUAGUAAGUUCCAUGAAACACGAGGCUCACACAUUUGGAGAUGGUGCUUGAGUUUUUGCAUAGGUGGUAAUUUAAAUUUUAUAAUUUCCCUCCUUCUGGGCAUAUAUUCUUGCAGUUUUUUGAAUUAGCUGAUGAGAAAACCACUGUAUUAUGUGUGCUCCUUCUUUCUCUGAAGCACCUCAGAAAUGCAAAGUACAAACUGUGUGCAUGUUCAGCAGGAUCUCCUCAAAGAUUACAAAUGGGACAAAUUUGUUUUACAAAUAAACAGUGUCACCUUUUAUUCUGUUACUUGAGCAGAGUGGGGAUUUUUUUAAAAUGCUGAAUUUUCUGUAGGUCGUAUUCAAUUAUGUUUAAUUCAGAGCAGACCCACUGAAGGGAACAUGACUCGGUUGGGGCCAUUAAUUUCAAUAGGUCUACUCUGAGUAAGACAUAGUUGACUGCCACCCAUGGUUUUGUCAGAUCCCUCUGCUACUUCUGUUUUACAUCCCUUUUAUAUAACUACGAGUGGGAGCUGCAACAAAAUGUUGCAGUGUGAAGCAUUCCAUUUUAGGAUUUCUGGAAGAAAGCAACACUUUCCUUCAGGGCACUGCAUCAUAUUCUCAAUCUCUUCCAGUUUUCUUUCUUGUUUCCCCAACAGAGUCUCACUAUUUCAUGGUCACUGAGUGUACUCAGGCCUCAUUCGGCUAUUUGGGAUGGGUGGUUUGUUUUCUUUUCUUUUUUAGAAUCGUAGAAUUGGAAGGGACCCUGAGGAUCAUCUAGUCCAACCCCCUGCAAUGCAGGAAUUUGCAGCUGCCCCUUACGGGGAUUGAACCUGAAACCUUGACAUUAUCAACACCAUGUUCUAAGCAACUGAGCUCUUGAGCAAGUUCUUUGCUCCCUUAGAUUUUCCCUCCUAAAUAUUUUUUUUAAUCUCCUGUAGACAUUGGAGUUACUCUGAACAUUCUGAUACCUUCCUCUUGUUCCUCAGUACUGUUCACCGCAAAACUGCAGGCACUCUGCACUCAAGUUUGCUUUUGGAGGGAGUUGUUGUUAUUUUAAGUGUGCAAUUAUGUUAACUGCUAUGGGAGGCUUUUACUCAAACAGUGGGGCAGAAAUGUUUCAAGUAAGUAAAUAAAUAACCAACAAGCAAGCAAGCAGCACUUUGUUUUUCGCAUGGGCUUGGUCAGACAUAUACCGGUAAUUUCUGAGUAGGGUUAAGGGCCAGAUCACACAUGCACGGAUGUAUCUAAGUGACUGCAGCAUUGAGUGAUGACUUACUUUCCAUGACCAGGAUGCUGUGCUUCUGUGUAAGACUGCAUUAGCUGGUCAAGCACUUGCAUGCUGCUACCUUGGUCCAAAGACUCAUUCCCUGGGUGGAUAAACUUUCAUGGUCUGUGGGCCAGAUUAUUAUCUCCCAGCCCCUGGCAGGCCAAAUUCGACAGGUGGGUGGGCUCAGUUGUCAUGCACUGGUUGGAUGAAGAGGAGUGGUGGGAGGUACCAGCUGGGGAGCCCCCAAGGGAAACCGCAGAGGAGGAAGGCUCAGAGCCAAGGGCUUUCAGACAGCUCCCCCCUCCCGAGCCUCCAAAAACCUGCUACUGAUGAGAUGAGAUCAAAACAUUCGAUGAGCAGGAAUUAAAUCCUGCCACCAUCAUGGAAAAAGAUGUGUGCAGCCAAGGCAGGAUGUAACCCUGUGCUCCUGGCCAUCUGCUGACAGCACCAGUGAAUUGGACUUGCGGUCUGAAGGUUCCUCACUCCCACUGCAGGCAACCCUGGCAGAAGCAUCCCAUAGGAGGCAUCCCAUAGGAGAAGCUCAAGGCUUCCCAUGGAAAGGGGUGCCCAGAAGCCAAGCCAUGCACUGGCAGAGGUAGAAGACACAGUUUGGUCUGAGCUGAGUAGGAUGAAGGGAGGUUGUAGGGAUGGGCAGUGGAGCAAGCAGGCUGGAGGCAGCGCAAGGAGACAGUGAGCCAGAUGGGCGAGGGACAAAGGUAGCCCGUUUCUCAGGCCAGAAAGCCAUUUCCACGAGCUUUUAUCUCCAAACCAACUUAGGGAGAGCCUGUGGCUUUUUGUGAAUGAUCCCAUGUUGCAGUCUGCAGUGUAGCCUUAUUUGCCCUCCGUCUUUCAUUCUGUCUCAACGUCUGAGCAGGGCCUCUUCCGUCACAGAGGACAACCCCCAUUCUGGAACUGCAGACCUCAGGAUUUUCCAGGACCAGCUCAGCAGGCAGCAUCAGCCAAUAGACCAGGAGGCUCCUGAUUUGAGUCCUGGCAGGUCUUGACAAAGUCUAACCGUUAAGCUGAGUGUCUGAUCAACGUUAUGAGCGCUUGUUGUAUUGUCGCAUGAGCAAGGCAUUAAAAUAUUUUAAUUGCUAAAGAAGAGUCAUGAUUCUUAUCCUCCCACACUCUCAAAUGCCUCAGUAUAUGUAUUUGUGUUUCUUUAAUAUGGCAUUGGGCAAGAUAAAGUCACAAACUAAUUUAACAAAUAAUGAUAAUAAGAUAAAAAUACGCUAGAGAGAAUCAAUUGGCUUUUUCUCUUCCAUGCUACUCUCCUUUACAUUCUCUUGUGAAAUCGGCUAUAAAACACAAGGCACAUGGGUUUUGUCUUUUCCAAUUUGUCUCUGCAAAGUAUUGCUGACUUGAAAGAAUGAGUGUUCUAUCAGGCGUGCCAAAACAUAUUUCAAACUGACCUCUCUGUGACAUAUAGUUUUUGCCAGCUGUUCAUGGUAGACUAGUUUUAAACAUCUAGCCUGGAGCGUUGCAGGAUUGACCAGCCAAGAACAGGUGGCAGUCUGCUCUUCUGAAUCCCUCCAAAAAUCUGAGGAAUCUUGGAGCCCAAACAGGCCUUUGCAGGUAAAAUUAGGUACUGAAGACACAGCUUUUCGCCAAGUUCCCCACCCUGCCUGAUAAGCUCAUUCUCUUGUGCCCCUCAGCAAACAGCCCUAUACAGCUUUGGAAAGCUGCCCCAAGGAAUCCUUGACUGCAGGAGCUGCUGAUACACUUCCUGGGCAGAUGGGCUUUUGCUGUUCUUGAAAAGCAAGUGGCGAAGGCAGGCCCAAAUGCUCCAGGGAAACAGAAAAAAAGACAUGCAUUUGUUUAAAAAUAUCCUCAAUUGCCGCUGAAAAUUACCGGUAGUUCUUUGUAAAAAUUAGGCGUGAAGCUAUGCAGGCAGAUGGGGAUUUCUGUACAUUUGGGUCUCUCUUUGGUCAAAAGUUUUGUGUCUCUGUCGUAGGAAAUGUAUACUUUUUUGUGCAUUCUGCAAUUUCCAGUGGUCCAUGUAACUUAUAAAUGCAUGCCUUUCUCCUAAUUGGCGAUGUUAAUUGCAUCUUGAUUAUUGUGCCUUUAUAGUUGUUUAUGAUUUAUUUAAAGCUUUCUCACAUUCACAGAUCAAUAAAAACCAAAAGUGUUCCUGGCUUGCAAUCUAAAAUACAUAGCACAAAAGGAAAGGGGAAUGGCGGUGGAGAAAGAAAAAAAGAAACUUGGCCGCCAACUCUUCAAGUUACAGUUCUUAUAAUGACUAGCUAGGAUGGGAUAGUUCAGGAAGCUGCUGCUAGCUGACAGAGCAAAAGGCAGCUGGUCUCAUGUUGUUUAUUCAAAAGUAAUAUAAUAUCUUAAUUGUUUUAUGAUUACAGCUAGGAAAACCCCCACACCUUUUAAAAAGCAAAGGCAGACAAAAGGUCCUGGUAGCCUGAGGGAAGGGUGAAUAAAAUGUGGGGAAAGGAAAUUAGUUAUGGAUAUGAGAAGAAAACUGGAGGGUAGCAGUGGGAUCAGGUGGCUGCCAUGGAGUGAGGGAGGCGACGGAGGAGUUUUGGUUCAGACGUGGCCCUUGAAGAUUGCUUGUGGGCGGUUGCUCUGUCCCUUUAUGCUCUUACGACUAAGACCAUGCUCUUGAUACUUCUCAGCUGUGAACUUUGUUUACUUCAGCCGCUUUCAAACUGCUCUGGUAAAUGCCAGGGCUGUUUGGAGAGUGAUCCACAGUGACUCCAUCGGAGCAGGUCUUUGGGGCCAGGGUCCUGGCAGAACCAACAAGAGAGUUCUCAAAAUGCAGCAGGGGUGGCUGACCACAUUGUGAAGUAAGUGUGGUAGUAUACAUUCCCUCCUGUCAUGAGACCAUUGGUUCCAGAGGCUAAAAUUACCUGACUGCACCAUUGCUCAUCUGCAAGGUUAUGGAUUGGAAGAUCAGUAACAGCAGACAGAUUUCCCGGGAAAAUGGUUUGCUCACCAGUUUUCCUUCUCUAGGGUUUAGCUGCAGUUCAGAGAAGUGUGAGGUUUGCUCUCGGUUGGGGCAUUCUCAUUUCACACAGGGUGUUGGUUCUGUGAACUUCAUUCAGGUGGUGCACAGCAUGUCUGGGGAUUUGUAGCUGAAGACGGGGUGGCACAUCCAUUGCAUCCAAUAUUCAUAUUGAUUUGAAUUGUAUUUUUAUUGCUGCUUUUAUUUCAUGAAUCGCGUUGCAUUGAUUGUAAUGCAAUAAAAUACAAUAGAUAACAGAGAAGCAAUAAAAAUACAAUUAAAAAUCAUACAGCAUCUAGCACAGCACAUUAGAAUUGCUGCAACAGGCAGAAAAAGAAUUAAGUGCCCCCCCAAAGACAAUCAGCAAUUUUCAGAGGGGUCCAUGAGGGGGAAAGCUUGGGAACAACUGCCCCUGGAUGUAUCAGAAGCCUCUGCAGCCACAAUAGAGUUUCCUUGGCAAACAAGCUGGUAAGAAACAUGUUUUCCUGUAGUACAUUUGCUCUCUACUGGCCUUUCCUCAACCUGGUGCCCUCCAGCUUGGGCUGAUGGGAGUUGUAGUUCAAAACAUCUGGAGGGGCAGCAGGAUGAGGAAGGCUGAUCUAGGCUGCCUCCAGGCCACCAACACUCAAGCAGGCAAGCGGACGGGGAGGGCAAAUCUUGUUUGGACACCAUUUUUUUGUGGGCAGAGAUGAGUGUGGAUUUCUUCUUGUGGUUUCGUUGAUCCCAGCCUCUGCAUGUAAUAUUUGAUGGAACUUUAGCGACACAGUUGAAAUGGGAAUGAUAUUGCUUGUGGUUGAAAUGUGAUGAACUUGCGCACCAUUCUUUUUUCUUUUUCUUUUUACUGUGGAAUCUAUCAAUAUGUUUCUUUUUUUAAUGUGCUAUACCUCUUAUUUCUGUUGCAAAAUAAUGUGUGCAAAUAAUGCAGGUGACAUGUGGUUUCGUUUCUCAGGAGCACCUGUAUCUGUGGUUAUUUUAAGCUACAGGUGCUGACCUCUGACAAUGUUUUGCAGUGUACUCCUAUCCCUAACACAGAAGUGGGCAACCUAAUGCUGGAUGUGGCCCUCCAAGCCUCCCUAACUGGCCCUCAGCAGUCUCCCCAGGCCAUGCUCCCCCCUCACCCUGAGUUUGUUUUGUUUCAUUUCUUUGCUGGAUGAUGAUGCCCCUUGCUUAUCUGCCUGGAGGAUGUGUGUAGAAACAAAGGUGGGAUUUACCUUCAUUGCUCCACCCUCUUUUGCCCUGGCCACAACCCUGGCAGGUAGUGCAGAUGGGAAUGAAAAAGGUUCCCCAUCCAUUCAAAAAACAGGUGUGUUCCUCCUCAAGGACCCAGUUAGUCUGGAACAUGAGGCUUUCAGUAGGGCUUGUUCCAUUUAUAGACGUACCGCCUUUAUCUUCCGAGGAGUUCGAGGUGGUGUACAUGGUUCUCCUCCUCCCCAUUUCAUCCUCGCAACAACCCUGUGAGGUAGGUUAGGCUGAGAGGUGGUGACUGGCCCGAGGUUCCCCCGUGGGCUCCAUGGCUGAGUGGGGAUUCCAACGCUGCUCUCUCAGGUCCUCAUCAGACACUCCAACCAUUACGCCACCCUGGUUUUGGUGCUCAGGAGAAGUGAGGCAUGUGGACAGAGAAAAAUCACUUUCCCCACAUCCCCUCUCCCUGCUGUGUUCGGAUAGUAAUGUAAAUAACACAUUAUGGGUAGAGAAGGUUUGUGGAAGGGUAGAAGGGGGAAAUGUUUCCUUGUUACUUUCCUCCCUCUUGAACGUUCCCCAUUUAAUGCAGGGAAGUGUUCCUGCCCCACCCCAGCCUCAUUGCAGGUACCACUUCAGGACACUGACUAUAAGCUGUUGGGGUAUGAGGAAUCCCUGCUCUCCAUUUUUCUUCUUUUCCCCCUUCAAAGUUAUGCCAAAUUUAGUGGGGUUUUUAAAGGAGACCUUCCUCUGGAAAUGCCAGUAUGGGGCAUUUCAUCCCCCUAAUGAAGCUGGGUUAUGUGGCACCUAGGUAAGGCCAGAGGCAAAGCUCCAAACCUCGCCGGGAGUUCUAGUGCCAAGAUUUUGGGGUUUGGAUCCCAGCUCUGAUAUCCCAGCCAGAUCCUGGAGAUCAUUCAGAGGAGAGCUGUUAGUCAUCUCAAAGUUACAGAGGCCCAAUUUGGCUCAGCAAGAAACCAGGCAUUUAUCACCACUGAUCCCUUGCUGUGGAACACUCUUCCAGCAGAGAAAUGGCAGGCACUUCCCCUUUCGACUUUCAGUUGUCUCUGGAAGACUUUUUUAGGCCAAGAGGCCUUUGCAACUGUUGCAGCCUCCCACGUGAAUGAUUAUUUUCUACUGUUUUCAUUGGUGCUUUAUGUUUAACUGUGAACAUGUAUUGCUGCUGUGCAGCCAGUGUCGAAAUUAGCCAGGCGCCCGGAGCAUUAGGCACCUGUGACCAAGCAAAGAUGCCUGGGCGCCAGGAUGGCACCUGAUAUCUCCAGCAUCUGGGGAAUCAUCAGAUCGGGACUGUUUUCACACACUAAUACCACAUCCUGUAGAAUUCUAUCAGUUACGUUUUUAUAAUACUAGGGGAAAGCUCAUACACAAAUGUAUAAUUAGUUAAAAUAACAUACCAAAAUGCAUUUUAGCAUGCAAAUUUUCAUGCAAACUUUUUUUUAAAAUGGCAAAUUGAUGUGGAAAUGUGACAAAUUGAAUUUUUUUUAUGCUUUGAUUAUUUUAAUUUUUUUUUAAAAAAAUAUUUUAUUAAGGAUUUUCUUGUUUUACAGAAGUAAGUGUAAUGCCUCGUAUUUUUUCCCCCCAUGUAACAUUUUUACAAAUCCGUUUCAUUUGUUGAGGCAUUAGGGGGAGAAGAAAAAGAAAGGAAAAAAGAAAGGGGGGGUGGAGAGAAGGAAGAUGGAUGGGGGUGGGGUCGGGUGGCGGUGUUUCUAUUAUGUUUAAUGUAUGUAAAGUUUGGUGUCAGCGUUGCUUGUGUUGUUCACUUGUGUUCCUUUGGUGGUGAGAGAGGUUGGGGUUGGCCUAGGGUGUGAUUGUUUGCUUGUGAUUGGCUGUGGUGAUCUUUGUUUUCGUGUGUGAGUGAGGUGGGUGGGUGUUUUGGAUCAGGUUAGCCAUAUUGAUUUGUAUGCUGUUGGUGGAUUAUUGUCAUUGUCCUGUUGGGCUGUGUAUGUGAUAAAGGGGAUUUGAGAUCGGAGAAGUGAUAAUCUGAGAGAAACCCAAAUGGAUAGAUUUGUCCAACUAUUAGCUUGACUGGGCAGGCGGGGUGGGAGCCACACAGAGACUUGGGAGGUCACUCAUUCAUCCCAAGGGACACCAGGGCAUAGAUCAGGAGGCUCCCAGUUCAAGUCCUGGCUAAUCCUAAAGUGCUUCAAAACUGCUGCACCUAUUUAUUGGCAAGAGGUUACACCUUCUUUUGGAAUUCUUUGGGUAGCCUCUGAAGGGAGGACGCCUGCCACAGUUCUGUUGUCCCUGGGGGAUCUGCCCAGAGGUGAACUUGCCAAUAAUAGUAUAUUUCAAAAUGAGAGGGCUGGAUCCAGAACCAGGUUUCUGAAAUUUCACAUAAAUGUGCCAAUAUUUCCCCCCCUAGUUGCUCCAGAAGAAUAGUUAAAAUUUAAGCAGACAUGAAAUCAAGAUAAGACCUAUCCAGUACUGUGAUAACAUCAGCAGCUGUUAAAGUUAUUGGGUUAUUUUGUAUUUAAGAACAGACCCUGUCUGAUGGUAGGCAAGCCAGUGCAGAAGAUAUAACUCUAUAUACAGAAACGUUCUUUGUGAAAGGACACAAUAGAACAGAAGUAUUCAUUUUAAUUGCAAAAAUUACAGUGCUAUCUGUUGUAAACACUGUUAUCGGCUUAUCAGUUUCCACAGUAUUUUAAAGUCCUAAUAUUAACUGUGUAGGACUCAACGUCUUUGUUUGCAAAUGCAUUCAUGGGCUGGAGUUGUUCUGUUGAAAACUGGGGGCGUAUAAAGACAUACACAGGGACAGCAGUCGGGUUGCUGUGGAGCGGCACUCAGUUUUGCUUUGGCCAAGCCCACAAUGAUUCCUGCAGGACUUGGCUUAGGAAAAAAACAAUGCAGCUAAUUUCCAACAGAAGGUAGCUUGGCUCAGCACAGAUUGGAGUGCCUUUGUGACAUCUGAACAUUACCCUAAAUUUUUUUUUAAGACCCCAAACAAAUGUUUAAUAAGAUAAAUUUGCAAGAAGUAUAUAUAAAAAGGUUGAUGCACAGAAUUAGAAACUCAGAUAUAUAAGCAAGGGGCCAAAUGGUUCCUUAAACCAAGGUUACAGUUGGCAAAGCAGAAUGUCUAGUUGCCAUUUUGGGGCAAGACGGCUCUAAAGUCUUAUUUUUCAAAUGAUGAACUGACUCAGAUUGAUUAUCAGUUAAACAUCUGGCUAGUUCAGGUGACAACCUUGAGCUAGGUUAAAAACUUUGAAAACUUAAAGAAGAAAAGUGACUUUCCAGGGACAAAUCUGGAUGGCUUUGUUUGAUUACAUUUAUGUUUUGCUUGCUUGGUUUUUCACUUCCGUUUUGUUAUAUUUGUAAGCUGCCUUGAUCAUCUUAUGGUGGAAAUGUAAGAUACAAAUUCCACAAACAAAUGUGUCACUUCACAGCAGAGGAUGGUCUCUGGUUACACACAGUGCUAUUCUUCUAGAGAGAGAAAAGAGGUUCCUAGCUUGAAAAAGAGACAUUGCGCAUACCUUUGUAAACCAAGAAAAGUUUAAUAAUAAUAUCUGAUUGUAGGAAAAAGAAAAAGAAAAGAAAGAAAAGAAAAAGAGGUUCCGAAACUCACCAUGAACGUUUCCCUUGCUCUCUUAUAAACACAAUGGCGCCCACAUGAGAAAUGCCAGAACUGAGUUCCAGCUGGAAAAAGCCCUGGUUACGUGACUUUUCAGGGUAGAGUCUAUUUCGGCAUGGUUAAGGCUUGCCCACAAGUGGGGUGCUUCAACUUGUGUCCAUGUAAGAGACUUCUUGGAUUCUGAACAUGCCUGGCCCAAAUGGAAGAAAAAUGAAAAGGCAGAUGUGAGCUCCUAAACUAGAAGUUGGUGUGCCUAGACUGCAGGCCCCUUUAGUUCUUGCAAAUGCAGCCAGCUUUGAGGAGGUUUUGUGAUCUUUCCCGUCAGCUUUAAUAUCUGUCAGUGACACCUAUGUAACAAUGGCAGGAGUUAAAGGCGGUCUCAGUGUCUGGUUGCUUAUGCCAGGAUCUCUAUCAGCAUGGAUUUGUCUAUUGUGCACACGCAGAGAGCUGAUAGUCCCCUUUCUUUCAGAGAGGCUGACACUGACCUAAUGCCCUGAUCCAACAUAAACCAACAGGGAAGAUAUUUAGCCAGCGGACGCCUUGUCUGCAUUGAAGUCAAUGGAAGCAGGAAUGUUAAGCAGCUGUGUAAUUUUCUUUGUAUGAUUGGAAUCUGAUUAGACAAGUUGGAGUGGGAGAAAAAAACAAAGUUGCAUUGAGAAGGCUAAUUUAUGCAGCCGAGGCUCACGCACACACCAUCAAGAGUUAUGAUCUCCAUGGAAUAGAGUCGUUGUUGCGACUCGCUUCUGUGGCGUUUUGGUGCCUGCGCUUUUGUCAUUUCUAGACAUGCGUAAUGUUAGAAACAGCACAAACAGGGGACCCCAGAGGGAAGCGAUCUCAGUAUUGCCUGCAGUGCAGAGAAAAGAUAUAUUUCAGGCUGUGAGUAUGCUUCAAUUCUGCAAGUGUGUGUUUAUGGGGGUGGGCGGAGAGAACGAAAUGGAAUGUGAAAUUGGAAGCAGACUUUUGUCCAAAGCCAUCCUUGUGUAUGUGGAAGGCACCUUCCACUCACAGGAGAGCUGAUUUACAUAGAUUCAUAGAAUUGUGGAGUUGGAAGAGACCCUGAGAGUUAUCUAGUCCAAUCCCCUGCAAAACGGGAAUCUCAAAAUGUUGUGCUACAACAUUGCCUGAGAAAAAUUGACCUUGAUCCAAAGACUUCUUCCACUUACAGUACAUACCUCUGAAAUGGUUAGGGAUGGGGAUGCAUCUCCCAGGUUCCCCGUUCCAUUUCAGAGGAUCUCCUUCUGGUCCCACCAACACCCGAUAUAAGGCAAAUGGGUCCCCAAGGAAAGUAGGGGAGCCCACGGAGUGGUAGACCUGCUCCCUAAGUCGCUUUCCCUGGCUGCUGCUCUUCUUCUUCUUCUUCUUCUUCUUCUUCUUCUUCUUCUUCUUCUUCUUCUUCUUCUUCUUCUUCGAGCAACUUGGUUUGAAACCAGAGCUUAAGGCACCAGAUAGCUAAAAAUACAUAGCAAUGACUCGGGGAAUUCUGAGAUCCAUGUCCAGCUCUUUCAGGGUGGGCUUACACCACCACUCCUAGAGAUGAAGAAAGUCUGUAUGCCCCCCCCUGCCCCUGAUUGGUGGAUCCCAGCGAUACAAUGCAAUGGCACCUGGGCUGCGUGAACAGUGUGCUGCCACCAAUUUCACACCUGCCACAGUUUAAAAUACAGUUUUAAAUGUGCUUAAAUCAGGUUUGUAAGUUAGAGUUUGACACAUUUGGGGAAGUUCUUUCCACAUUUUAAACUCUUCUUCCUGUAUGGAAAUGCCUCCUUGGUCCAAAGGCCUCUUGACUCAGCAUUGCUCCCUUUCAUGCCCCUUCUCCUCCAUUCCAUGAGCAUUUACAGCAAGGCCACUUUCUCUACUUUCCCUCUUUCUGGUCUCCACAGGGUGAAACUUUUAAGGUCAAUUUCCCCAGUUCCUCAUCUGUGUCAUUCUUCAUCAAAACGUUAGCAUGUGCACCAGUGCAGACACCCGCCCUUUUGAAGAAUGGUGCCAGCAGAGAGAGAGAGAGAGAAUGUCGGGGAGGAUGAGAAUCUACACUGGUAAAAUGGACAAAAUUUCUGCUUCACUUGACUAUUUGUGUGUUGAAUCCCAAAGGGGAAGAGUUAAACAUUGUCAGAUUGAGACUUCUAUCUCAGGCUCUUUGGGCCCCAUGUUGGGCAAAAGAUUCCUGUAAAAAAUGAUUUAAAUCAAGUCUUACUGACUAGUGAUUUAAAUCAAUUUGAUUUAAAUCAAAUCCAUCUUGCUAGAUGAACCUUGGGGGUCCCUUCUAACUCUACAGUUUUAUGAUUCUCUGAAGGCGCGUUGCCUAGAGUUCUAGCCUCAGGCAGCUGAACUGCCAAGGGAGGCAGGUAGGCGAGGGAGUGUCUUCACCUGCAGGAAGCAGAGGUGUGGUGGUGAUGUUUGAAGAAGGAAAAAGCAACAAUUCAUAGUAACUGAAGUGGAGAAAGAUUCCAAAGUCCUCCUUAUCUUGCUAAUUGUGUAUGCUCCUUUUGGUCUCUUGUCCCCCUCGUUUCUUUAAAUGGCUUCCUGAGUUGAGGUUUCUUUGGUCUUACUCCCUCAUUGCAGGGCUGCACUAGAGUACUAGGUUGUUACAUUAUUCUGAAUGCUAUUGUGUUGCUUCAAGGGAAGAGAUUUCCAUCUCUUUAGGCUUUUGUGUAGCUUGAUUGCAGUGCUGAAGGGCACUGGUGGCCAGCUGAGAAUGACAGGUUGGAGGCUGGAAAAAAUGGUUAAAUAGUGUGAAUGUAGCUAAUAGAAGAGAGGGAAUCUGUGAUUUGUUCGCCUUAGGGCAACCCAGUGCUGUUUUGCAGAUGAAGAGGGUUGUUUGGAGAUACACCUGCUGAAGAUACUGCUUUACAGUGCAGUUCUAUGACUUCAUUGGGGUUUACUUCCCGUGGAAGUGUGUCCAGAAUGACUGAGCCUUGCCCUUAGUCUUGCACUGUGUCAGCCUGUUCCACAUCUCUCCAGCUGCGAGAGAGGGGUCCUCAGGCGAUGCUAAGGCCUUGACUGGCGGGGUUUGUGGGACCUCGAUGGGGCCAGGUGUGCUCUGCUGUGCUGCAGCAUAAGAGGCAAUUGGAAAGUGUCUUCUAUAGGCUUUCAGUUUCUUCAUUGACUAUUCUUUUUACUGCAGACGUCUUUGUGAAGACACACUGAUUUUCCUUGUGUCAAAAUAUCAUUAAGAACCUGAUGAUUAAGGGAGCAAUUAGCACAUCUUUUUCAUGGAAGAUGAAUGUUAGAGAUCCCUGUGGUGCUAAACUAUCUGUGUUUAUACUGAAUCCAUUCAUUUCUUUAAAGAGCUUGUUGGUGUCAGGAUUUAAUUAACCACACGUGAAUGAAUUCCUGAGAGCCAUUAAUAAGCAGUGUAAAGCUGUUUUCUUGGGAGACAGCCGCUUCCAUUUUAUGACAUUUACCUUUCUACAUGUAUGAUAAAUGGGUCGCCCAGCACUGGCUUUUCUCCUGGCCCCACACUCUGAGGCCCAGGCAGGAGCCAUCUUCUGUAUAUGCCUCCCUGUGGCUACUUUGGUUUGAUUUCUGGUUUCAUCAUGGCCAUAUUUAAGGACAGAUGAGUCCUUUUAUACGCAGGCAAAGAUAAUGGUCUAUGCACCCUUUAUCAAGUAAGCAUCCCCUUCCCAUUAUGCUUUAUUAAUUUCAGUACAAACUUGGCAACCAGUAUAAUUAGUUUUAAACAAAUCAUCAUGCAUACAUGUUUUUAAUUCCCAUUUAAUUGAUGCAUCACAAGUGCUAAAAAGGAAGUCUACUCCUGUCUGUGGGUAUUUUAUAUCGCAUGAGAACCUUUACAAGUGGAAAAAACUGUGGAUUAAUUUUUGGAGUUAAAGCCAGCUAAUGGACAAGGAAUCUACAUAGCUUUUAAAAUACCAAUCUGGAUAUUUUAUGGUUUUUUAAAACUUUUAACUUGAAUUAAAUUUGACCUGAACUUGAGACUGCAUUUAAACUUGACCUUGACCUGUGAUUAUAGUUACAUCAGUAUUGAACUUGGACAUAUAUAUUUGAUUUUUAGAACAAACCUGGUGGAAUUAAUUGACUCUGAUUAGUUUGGGAAGUUAUUAAUACUUUCAUAUUCAAAGAAGCUUGAGAUAUUGGAGAAAACAACUGAGACUAAACAUUGUGUCAAGUUUCAAGAAUAAAAAAGUGGAUCAUAGCUAUAUUCUGGCAAAAUUACUUUGGAUUAUUAUAGAAUUAAAACUAUAUUGAAAUACCUAAAUUUAUUUCUACUGGACAUUGAAGCAACAACAAGUGGAACGAACUCCUUGGUUUAUUUUUUAUUUUAUUUUUUGAAUCAACUGGAAUUGAGAUAAACUCUACUGUUGGAUUACAUUAUUUUAUACACAGUCAUACCUUGGGUUAAAUAUGCUAUAGGUUGAGCGUUUUCAGGUUAUGCUCCGCGGCGACCCGGAAGUAACGGAACGCGUUACUUCCGGGUUUCGCCACUCGCGCAUGCGCAGACGCUCAAAAUGACGUUACGCGCAUGCGCGGAAGCGGCAAAUCGUGGCAUGCGCAGUCGCGGGUUGCAUUCUACUCAGGAUGCGAACGGGGCUCCGGAACGGAUCCCGUUUGCAUCCAGAGGUACCACUGUACUAGAUAGCUCUGUGUGAAAAGACUGCUACUUACGCAUCUCUUCCUCUUCUGGGAAAACCAUACUUUUAACUAUACGGACCUUUGUUGGCAAGGUGAUGUUUCUGUUUUUUAAGAUGCUGUCUACGUUUGUCAUUGCUUUUCCCCCAAGAAGCAGGCGUCUUUUAAUUUCGUGGCUGCUGUCACCACCUGCAGUGAUCACGGAGCCCAAGAAAGUAAAAUCUCUCACUGCCUCCAUUUCUUCCCCUUCUAUUUGCCAGGAGGUGAUGGGCCCAGUGGCCAUGAUCUUCGUUUUUUUGAUGUUGAGUUUCAGACCAUAUUUUGCACUCUCCUCUUUCACCCUCAUUAAAAGUUUCUUUAAUUCCUCCUCACUUUCUGCCAUCAAGGUUGUGUCACCUGCAUAUCUGAGGUGGUUGAUAUUUCUUCCGGCAAUCUUAAUUCCGGUUUGGGGUUCAUCCAGCCCAGCCUUUCGCAUGAUGAAUUCUGCAUAUAAGUUAAAUAAGCAGGGAGAAAAUAUGCAGCCUUGUUGUACUCCUUUCCCAAUUUUGAACCAAUCAGUUGUUCCCUAUCUAGUUCUAACUGUAGCUACUUGUCCCACACAGAGAUUUCUCAGGAGACAGAUGAAGUGUUGCAGUUGGUGCACCCAAAUGCUAAGAAUUAGAUUUGGUGUUGGGGACUUUUGUUUUACUUCUACCAAGUCUUUAAUUGUUCUCAGGACUCCUGAAUUCAUCAGGAAAUGAAUGAUACAGUUCAUUUCUCCUGAGCUUAUUGUCAUAUGAAGCAAUGUGUAUAUACACUGUACAGUGCAGUAAGUAGAGUUAUUUGUUGGGAUAAUCUGGGGGAUAUAUAUCUGUCAGUAACAUUAGAAAAGCAGUGAAACCACCAUGCCUCUUUUUCAGCAUAAAGCUCCACAAAGGUUAACUUUUUGCAGUCGUAUGUCUGAACCAAUAAUGAAUCUAUGCCGGGAAUGGUUUUAACACUUCCGUAUACAAAAGCAUUCUUCUACAUGUGUGUUAUUUUUAAUAUUGUGGUAACAUGAAACAGGGCAGGGCGGUAAGUUGAGACCGCAACCUGUUACAUGCAUUUUAACAUUUGAAGACAGGCUGGCAUCAAACAGCUUAAUGGAAUUUGGAAAUGUAGGAUGGCUUAAGAUCUCAGGCUGGAGGAAAACCCGAGCGCCUGGUCUCCCUGGCACCCCAAAAUUUGCAGCUUGUGCAUUAAAAAAAAUAAUCUGCUUAUUCUCAUGGUAAUGUUUACCUACUUUUAACGUUUACUAAAUUUGAGUAUUAUUGUUGUUGAGUGCUUUCGGCUCAGCGCUGUUCCUGCAAAAGCAGAAAAUGAAAACGGAAAUCAUGGAUGACACCCUUUCCAGCCAGUGCCUAAAGGAAGGUGAAGUAGGCGGGUGCACCUGGAGGUGGGGGUGGCCCUGGCCAGCAGACAGAUAUGGGGAAGGAUGGUCCUACAGAUACUUGGAUCCCAGGUCAUUUAGGGCUUUGUGGGUUGAAAGCAGGCCUGCCAAUUAAUUGUGCUUCGAAACAAGCUGCAAGCCAGUGAGGAUUUAUUUCUGUCUUGGUGAAAUAUUCCACACAGUGAAUUGCAAAGAAGUGGUUUUCAAAUAAAUGUUAGGAAGGUCUUCCUGACGGCGCAGCUGUUGGAUAAUGAAAUAGACUGCCUCGACCAGGAAGGACUCCCCUUUGUUAGAGAUUUUUAAGCAGAGUCUCGAUGGCCUCCCAUUUUGGAUGAUGUAGCAACACAUUUGCUGCAUCACUUGUUGGUGGGCGGGUUUCAUGCCUUUUAAGGUCCUUUCUAGCGCUAUGAUUUCAUGACUCCCAGUUAAAAACUUGGCUCCUGCCUUCCAAUGCUUUCAUGGGCUGUUCCAGUGCCAACAAGUUACAGUACUCUUAACUUGGAUGUUUCCAAAGGAUAACUGUGGCAGGACUAUUGUUAUCCAGGAGAGGCUGUUACUGGGGUAUUAAUAGAAGUGGGCAAAAUAACGCUGACUUAUGUUAGUAACUUAAAGUAUUGAUGUAUGUGGCCCACUGCUUAUAGAACAGUGGAACUAUUUUCUAAAAGAUGCUCCAUCUGAGUCAGGAAGCAAAACUGGAUCUAACUGGGACCUACAAGUUGCUAGGUCAUUAACCCCUCGCUGAACCCAGCUGGGCACUCCUCCUUUGCUAGACACUAUUAGCCAAGAAGGGCAAAUUUUGGGCCAUAUCCUGCCCAUAUCUUCAGGCUGCAAUAACUGAACCUCUCCCAUAAAAUGAUGACAACGGUGUCUAAGGAAACCUCCUGCAUUUGACCUUUAUCCAUUAUGUGAUCCAAGUUGGAAGGGAUGUGAGCUAUUUUAUUGGCAGGGUUUUGCAAAUAAAUCACAAUGUCCUGCCGAGGGUUUGCGUUGGUGCUUGCUCAUCUGUUUCUCAUGAACAGAUACCUGCAACACAGGUAUUUUGUAAUGACUUCUAUUAAAUUGAUAUUUAGACCUUGUUGUCUGUUCUAUAAAAUUGAAUAUAUAGUGAAUGGGGCAAAUUAAAGUGCACCAGUAAAACAUUUUAGAAACUAGCCUUAUCUGAAUUUCAGAGAAGGCAUAUAAAAAUCCUAUUGGCCCAAGAAAAGGGAGCAGUGAAAUCAAGAUAAUAAAAAUAUAUUGAUCGGUUUUCCUGGAGGAAAACUGUUUUGCAAAACAGAAAGCAAAAGAAGCAUGCAGCAGAAUGUGUAAGCUUGUCUAUUGCAUUAGCAACACUACAUUAUUUCUAUUGAUUUAUAUCUUUAGAAAAUACCUUAUGAUUUCAGAUGACUUAAUUAUUCAAUUAUUCAAAAUUAUUCAAGGUGUCUUUUGGAGGGUGAGUUGUGGUUUUUUUUGUUAGUAAGAAACAUUUGAGUCUCCCAGAAUACUCUGCUGCUGAUCUGAAUGAUUCAGCAAGAAGACUUCAGAGAGGGAACCCAGUUUGACAUCGCUCCGCUAAAACAUUAGAAAAUUUGAUUCUGUUCAAUGUGGACUUAAUUGGGACUCUCAAUUUCUUUCCCUCCUAAAAGAUGUCAACACUAUUAAUAGUAUGAUCCCCUAUGACAAGCACCUCCUCCUUGACCUACUCCAGAAGGAUUCCAUGGCCAAUGGGAUCAAAAGCCGCAGAAGCAUUAAAAAUAUCUUUUCACUGAUGUUAUUGGUGGCCUGAAGUUGGUGCCUUUCUCCUUCCCCUCUGCUUCUGAAGGGGCCUGAAGCCCAUUAGAGCUCAGCCACAGAAAUCUACCAGCAAGAGUUAUUUAUUUUGGUUUGAUUUUGUGAUUUUUACAUUCUAGUUCAGCAGUGGCCAGCUAGAGCCAAGUAGUUCUAAAAUUACUUGUUGCUUAUUACUUAUUACUUAUUACUUCCGUUGUCACAGAAAAUCUAAUUUUAGGAGGGAAGAGGAUUUGUUGUGCAAGAGCUCAAAAUCCACUUAACUGGGUGAGCUGAAUUUGCUGGUAUGUGAUUGAAUCCCACCCCCAAAUAGCAACAGUCCAAAAGUGCCAGCAAGCAAGCCUGACUCGGAAACUUUUAUCAUAGUCAUUGAGUAUCGCCUAACCUUAUAGGAUAUUCUUUUGGUUUGAAUUUUAGCAAUCUUGCAACCUCCGUGUAAGUUUUCAGAACCUAUUGAGAUGAUUUUUUAAAAUAUGCCUCUGGGGUAUGAAAAAUGCAUGUUCAGUGGAAGCAAAUUAUCUUCCCUGUCCCCCCUUUCCCUUGCAAAGAUUAAAGUCUCAAAAAGGGGCUGCACAAAAUUAAUUAUAACUAGAGAGGGAUAAUGGCAAAUUAGAAGCAGAUUGGGGCAGGUGCAUCCAUUCCAUAUUGAUUUUGCUCUGCUAUUCUUCUAGAACGUAGCUGAGCCAUCUGAGAGGAGAGGGGCUCACGGAAGAGCAGGGCAGGAGAGUGGUCCCCCUUGCUUAAUAAUGGAUGCAGUUUUGAUGAAACACACUGUCAGGUUGUUGUUUACUGUUUCGGGACAAGACUGGAAUUUAUGGCUCUAGAAACCCACCCACUAAGCGUUCAGUUUCUUUAAAGAAGCUGUUGUGGAUGAUUUUUGAACUAUGCAACUUUUGUUUUGUUGGUUGAAAAGAAUGAUUUUGUGACUGCAAGCUAACUUUUUGAGUCCUGUGCAUAUAUAUGCCUUUCUGCCAACUACAUCACACAGUGCAGAUUUCAUUACUAUAGCUGCUUGUAGGAAUAACUGCAUCCUAUUGUACAUUUUGCUGGGGGGGGGGGGAGUCCAAUAAAAAGAAGGAAUUAUUUCCAUUAAUUUGUGUAGUUACUUAGUUUUAUAGUGCCCUUCUCCGUAACAGUCAGAGAAAGGGCAAUGUAUAGCAAAAUAAAAUACAACAAAACAUAAUACAGCCAAUUUAAGUCAAUUUGUACAAAACUGCUACAUAACUAACAGAGUAACAGCAUUGUACUGAAAACUGACUUCACUAAUCACAACUCUCCACCAAUAAAAAGCCUGAUGAAAGAGGUGUGUCUGCAACUGUCACCAAAAUGUAGAGGCAAGUCACUUCUUAGUGGUGGGGCCAGCACUCAAAAGGCUUUUUCACGGGGCCCUGCACUGAGCACCAUCUGGCCUGGAUGCUUUAGCCGAGAUUCCUGCAUUGCAGGGGGUUGGACUAGAUGAUCCUUGGGCAUAGCUGUCAACCUUCCCUUUUUUUUGCUGGAAAUUCCCUUAUUCCAGCGCUGCUUCCCGCUGCUAUCCCAGAUUGUUAGAUAUCCCGUAGACUGUCUCCGGGACAGGGGAGGCUGCUGAUCCCUUACUUUCAAAUCUGAAAGUUGGCAGCCAUGUCCUUGGGUCCCUUCCAGCUCUACAGUUCUGUGAUUCUAAGAACUGCCAAGAGAACCUCACUUUCAAGCCUCUCAUUACAAGCUGCCUCUGCUGAAACUCCCUCUUCUGUACUGCAGUCAGAAGUGCAAGGGCCCCUAUUCUCCUCUGCACCAGGCACCCCAGCUGUGAAUGUGAUGUCACAUUUCCUAUAAAUCCUUAUUGUCAAUCAAGCUUUAAGCAUAUGUAAACAUAUUUGCCCAUAUUAUUCCCUUGUACUAUUGUAUGUCCCUGGCUCCCGCUACUGUUUCCCCACAGAGUUUAGAACGCUGAUAGCAUUAUUUAAAUAAGAUGUGAGCUGGGGAGUCUUAGGUUAAAAUCUCAUUUCAGCAAUGAUAUUGUCAGCCAUCUUUACAGAAGCCUCUGUCUCUCAGGCUGCAUUCUUGUACCUGCUUCCCUGGGAGUGAGCCCCAUUGAAACACAUGGAACGUGUGUGUGUGUGUGUGUGUGUGUGUGUGUGUGUGUGUGUGUAUGUACAUAUUUUAUGCUGUCAGCCUUCCACAGCAGUAUGGGCACAUGACAAGAACUGUGAAAGAGUAAGUCAGUACUGUAUUAAAAAUGACUGAGAUAAUGUAUAUGGAUCACAUGUUUAUAUUAGUGCAGACCAUUUCCUUUGAUAUUCUGAGAGCAUAAAGGUAAAGGGACCCCUGACCGUUGAGUCCAGUCGUGGAUGACUCUGGGGUAAAGCUCAUCUCACUUUACUGGCUGAGGGAGCCGGUGUUUUUCCGCCGACAGCUUCCAGGUCAUGUGGCCAGCAUGACUAAGCUGCUUCUGGCGAACCAGAGCAGCGCACGGAAACGCCGUUUACCUUCCUGCCGGAGCAGUACCUAUUUAUCUACUUGCACUUUGACGUGCUUUUGAACUGCUAGGUUGGCAGGAGCUGGGACCGAACAAUGGGAGCUCACCCCGUCGCGGGGAUUCGAACCGCUGACCUUCUGAUUGGCAAGUCCUAGGCUCUGUGGUUUAGACUUUUCUCUUUUCUCUUUCUUUCUGGACACUACACCUUUGCAGUGUGACCAUUUCCUCAAUGCAGCAAAUGCACAUUUGUUGUGGAAUGCUCAGGUGCCUUCUGUUCUAGGGACUGCUGCAUUUUACCUAUACAAAGGGAGCAGUCCUAUACACAAUAAGCUGGCAUUAAGCAAACCAAUGUCAGGUAAGCUGGAGCAAAGUUGCACUAGAUCAGUUGGUUAGAGUGUGGUUCUAUAGUGCUAAGGUUGCGGGUUCAACCCCAUAUAGGACAGCUGCAUAUUCCUGCAUUACAGGGGGUUGGAUUAGAUGAUCCUUAGGGUCCCUUCCAGCUCUAAAAUGAGAAGGUGCCUGUGAGGUGGCAGCUUCUGGUGAGAUUUUGAGAGAUCUCUCAGAUCUUUUGUGAGAUCUUGCCGGAAGCCGCCACUGUGCCAAUCCAGCAGUGGCAGAGGCAGAUGGGAUGUCCCUGCUUCAUGGGAUUCUGCCGCUUGAGGCGACAACUUCAGUCUGCCCCGUGGACAGGCUGGAGCCUGCAGACACACAGGCUUGCAGCUGAGCCAGGAUAGAGGAGAUACACCAGAGCAUCUUCCUGAGCAGAGGGUGAGGGAGUUAAGCUGGCAUAGCUUGAAGAGUGUUCCUAGGCUGGGAACUUAGUUGUUAAGAUAUGUAGGGUAAAUUUUCAAAAAAAACCCAACCUGCUCCUACUAUGGUUAAACUAUGUGGUUAAAUUAAGACAGAAUAGCAGGUCCGCUGGAUCCUAGUUUGCUCAUCCCAGUGGGUGGGAUGGCUCCCUUAAACAGUGUCAUGGUGUUGCUUAGAAAAUACUGAUUUCCCUCCCUCCCUCUCCCCCCCCCAGCACACCAUCACUGCUAAUGUGGCUGCUGCUUGCAAGGGGCUGCAGAAGGGCCUCUGACACCUAUUGCAGUCUUCCCGUGACUAAUACAAAAGUUGCAAAAUAAAUAAAUCAAUUGCAGAUAAUUUUGUUUCCUGAUUGGAAAACAAAUUAAUUUCUGCAUUGUUUGUGAAAUGUGCCAGAGAGUUACUUGUUUCCCAGCAAAGAGAAACAAACCAAAGAGACCCCCUGCUCCAUUCUCAGAUGUGUUAAAUGAAUGUUUGCCUGGCCUUUGGCUCCUAUUGAAAUUAAAGUUGUGUGCAGAUUUCAUGGUUGCUGUGGAUACAGGUAAAACCGUGUUUGGCCGAGGGGGCUCUUGCACAAAGCUGCCCUUGUCCUCGUAACUGAUGCAUGGACACAUAAUUUUAAAAAAGAGGUGAUGUUGUUUAUACAGCAGAAACUGGUCUUUUUCCAGCCAUGUAAAUACAGGGCGUCAAGAGAGUUUGCAAGGGCCCAAGGAAACUUACAUCGCCACCCAUACUGUGACUUCUUUGAACACUGGUAGUUCUGGAAACUGACUUCUGAAAGAAUAGCCAUUUAUUCUGCCCCAUGGCUGGCUUCUUAGCAGGGUGCCAUGACUGAGUUGGACACAUUUGACAGUGAAUGUGUGCGUUCUGAUCUCCUUUUGCCAAUUGGCUGUCUUAAUCAGAAAGUUUAAAAGCCCCCAGUUUUUUACAUGAAAAUACAUCAAGGUAAUGUUUACAGGGAGCUAGAGACUGCUGUACAGACUAUUAAAUAGAGACUCACCUCUUUGCUGGUAUGACUAACAAUUGCCUCCAAGCAAACUGAAAGGGAACUUUUUUGUAAACUGGGAGAAUUGUGGUUCUUUGGGGCUAUCAGUGACAUGUAUGACUGACUGACAAAUAAGCUAGUAAAAAUUGUUGUGGGCUUUUGUCUUUUGUGGUGCUUCAGGGCUGCAUUUAUGAUCUCAGUUUGGUUUGCCUUGAUCUGAAUUGUAAGCGAGUGAGCUGGAACCAUGUUUGAACUGACCACUUGUUCCUGCAGACACACAAACACUGGCGUUUUCAAUGCCUAGUGCAAGCCAGGGACUACAACAACUCUGCCAGGUGGGACACCUUCAGACUGUAGAAGAGCACAGGCUGAGUAGCUUGCCUGAUGCCACCUAGUGCUUUCAUGGCAGAGGCCAGAUUCUAACCAGGGACUUCCCGAUUGGAGGUCUAUCUGUUGCCAGCUCAAUAAAACAAAUUGGAAAGACAAAUCUUUUAGCUUUAUUAGCAUGAGUUGGAAGACUCCAGUGCCUGAGGAGCGCAGCUACAGAAAAGUGACCCAAAGUUGGAGCAUAUUCUCUGUUUUCCGAGAAACUCGUUUGAAAACCCCCCCAGUAACCAACCACCAGUAUAGUCAACUAUUUAUCGUAAGUGUUAGCACAGUCUGGUGUAAUUGUUUGAGUGGCCGUACUUGAAGAGAUCUGGAUAGGCAGAGUAAACAUUUGGAAUGUGGUUGAGAAUUGCUGAGUACUUCAUACAACAACAUUCCACAUUUCUAGGGAGCCCAUGGAAUAAUUACUUGCUUUUACUUAUAUACCGUUCUGUUAGACACAGUUGAAAAAGCAGAAUAGCAGGCAGCAGAGAAGAUAUUUUAAUUGGAACACAGAGACCAGUGAAAUGGCUCUUAAAGUUUCAACUUGAAACCUAAGAGGAUUUUAUUUUAAUUAAGAACCAGGCUUUGGCAGCAAGAAAUGAGAUUACUGGUACUGCUUGGAGUCUGAAAUACACCAAGGUAUUUUAUCUCCUUAAAUAAGAUCAACACUUAAGAAAAUUCCAGCAAGAAACGCUUGAUAUGCAAGGAGUGACAAGUGUGUAAAAACGGAGUUAGAAAGGAAUUUAAGGUGAUGUAGAGCAGGGGUGAGGAACCUGUGUUGCUGAGUCAGCCUGGCCCAAGGGUGAAGGAAUUGUGAAUUGUGCUUCAACCACAUCUGGAGGGCCAUGACUUCCAUAGCCCGAAUGUAGAGCUUUGUCAUCUAAAAUUCCUGUAAUUGUACAAAAAAAUAUGAAAAUUUACGUAAUUAGGCCAGGAUAAAAGGGCCACCUCCUCUGGCUGAAAACUGGACAAGGGUACACUAUGCUGUGUGAUGUUUUAUCUAGAGUGUGGAAUGAUUGUCUUCAAGAUGUUGGGUGAAAAAUCCAUUGUCAACUUAGAGGCACAGUGAGAGCAGCAUGGAAGGCAAGAGUGGCACAGUUGCCCUCUUUCAUUGGCGUGGUGGCUGCAACCUAACAGAACAGCUGGAUUCAAAACCUUACAGAUGUUCUGCGCACCAUUCUCCAACCUGGUGCCCUCCAGAUGUUUUGAACUACAACACCCACCACACUGUUAUAAAGCUGCUGAGCAGCAAGAAAUUGGGAUUUCUGGUCUACCAGCGUUUUGGACAGUUCCCAAUGGCUGGUGCAAUUAAGAGCCUGGUCCAGGCACAGAAAUUACCAGAUACAGCAGUAAAAUUCUAGUACUGUCUUUACAUAGCUCCGAUACACGUGUAACAUUUCUGGCUAGCUGUGGAGACAGCAGUGAAAAGCCAAAGGCAUCGUAGUAAUUUGAGGUGUGCUAUCCCAAGACCUUUAAAACCAGGAAUAAUUGGGAAAAUUGUGGUGGAUUGAUUUUUUCUUUUUGUUGGCGGGUAUCGUUCUUACACAUCUGAAUUAAACGAUUGCCUCUAGUCUUUGUUCUCCCCACCUCCUGCAGUCAGUGGAGAGAAGCACCCACAGAGCUCUGGGGUCACACGUCCAUCUACAUACUGAUUUCUGUGAUGAAAAGCAUUCCGUUUAAUUUCUGAGAUCAUUAUAAUUGCUAAAGGACGUUUCUGUGCCCUUCAGUUUCCCUUUUCUACUCAUGCCUCUUUCUGCUCUUCUUUUUCUCGGGGAACGUAACCCUUCCGAGGGUUCUGAAAUCCGUCUCAUUAGUGCAUUUUAUUAUGAAUUCAGCACACCUGAGGUGGCUGUCUUUGUAUUCAGGGUCCAGCCUGGAAGGAGGCGAAAUUGCCUGCCACCUUGUUCUGCUUGCUUGCCCGCCCUUUGAGACUGCGCUUUGUUUGGCAAGUGUUCUCUGUAGAUCUGCCUACUGCCUGGACUGGCCUAGACUGACAUUUGAUUGCUUGGCACGAGAGUGGGCUGGGAAAUGAUGGGCAAGAAUACAUUUCAAGCCAGGCUUCAACUAGAAGAGGAGGAGGAGGAGGUGGAGGAGGAAUGAUGGAGUAGGACCAGGACCGUGGUCACUGGUGCCAGCUUUGGGGUCCUGGGCCCCACUCAGCAAAAUGUUACCCCCCCCACCUCUCUCUCUCGCCAUUAAAAGAGUCUGAAUAAAUAAAAUAUCUGUCUGUCUAAUUACUUUGGUAUCCCACCUUUCUUUCAAGGAGCUCAAGCUGGCUUAUGUAGUUCUGUCCCCCCACAUAUUACCCUCAGACAAUCCCAUGAAGGUGGCCGAAGAUUGCCCAGUGAGCUUCACAGUUGAGUUGGGAGUUGAACUCUGGUCUCCCAGGUCCUAGUCAGACACUCUAACCACUGCACCACACUAUCUCUCAAAGUGAGAUAAGCAGUACACAUUGCCAUAUAAAGAGUUCACAUACACCCCAAGCAAAACUGCUGCAUCCAGAGCCUAAAAUACAUAUCUGCAUCACUGGCAGUGGUAUUUGAAUCCAGACUUGGUGUGGAUGCAUCUGGCUUUCAGACCAGGGUCCCUGAGAGGUCAGUUACUGGGUGCUGAAAUGCAGCAGGCAGAAUGUCCAAAGGCAAGAGGCAGGCCAGCCGAGAAGCUUCAGCCUGGCCACCACUCAGAGAAACUGGCGGCACAUGUGCUUGAAGAGCACUUGGCAUCCACCUCGGAGGGCUUAGUAGGCUGCGUCCUCCGCCUUGGAGGCCAAGAUCGCUAGUACAGGCCCCAGGGUCCUUGGCAGAAUAUUGAUGUUGGACCCAGGGCCUUGGUCUACUCUGGCUAUUUAAAUAGGGAAUAAUGAGAUACAGAUGUGCUUGAUAAAGAAACCAACCUUGUGCCUUUUCUUUAAUGAACUGUUUUGGAAAGUUAUCAUUGUCUGAUUGGCUAGUAACAGUGUGCAUGUGGGAAUGUUAAAGAUAGUAGGAAAGGAUAUAUUGAAUAAGUAUUAUCCUUCCUUCACUCAUGCUAGUGAAGUGAAGUAGCAGAGCAAAUUCCCCUCAAUAUAGCUGGAAGCUAGUUUGCAGAUUUGUUUGAAUCUCUUAGUUAAGAUUAUUUCCUGGUGUCCCCUUUAAUUCCUCUUAAAAGAAUAAAGGCAUGAGUCUGAGUAAAGUAUCAAAGUUACUCACAUUUCAGUUCACAAUUCGAUCCCUGAAAGGCAGGCUUUUCUUAGUAGUUAAGCAAUAAACUGUGAGUUCAUCUCAUAUGGAGACAGUGGCGUAGCAAGGUCAGGUGGUACCUGGUGCGGAAAAUUUCUUGUCAACCCGCCCCCCCCCCCCGGAAAUUAUUAAAAGAAGGAAAAAUAAGAUACUUACAGAAAGCCUAGUUUUGGCCCUGGGACAGUUGGUCAGUCCUACCCUCCCAGCCCCCAACUUCCCACUCCCACCAGUGGGAUGUCUGACUACCCCCCCCCCAUCUACCCAAAGUCAGCCCAGUUUCCCCCGGGGUCAGGCUGGGCAUUUCACAGACAGGGAACUGCUGCUCCCUGGGGGUCCUUGGGAUGCCCCUCCCCUUCUGUCUCAUUUCCUAGUCCUGGCAAUCUCAGGAGUUUGUGCUUCCUUUCUUCCUAGCAAACAGGAUGCUAUUAAUGUUGGCUAUUUUUGCAGUAUAGUAGCGCUGCAGAGAGCUUGCUGGGGAGACCAUGCAUUAAAAAGGGACUCAAAAAUAAUUUAAACAAGGUUUUAAUAAGAAAAACAAAAACUCCUUUUACACUAAAUACAUUAACAAACAAACAUGACCCAACCACCAACCCAUCCCCCAGGGUAAUGGGAGAGCUAGGUGCUGCUCCUUAUAUACUACACCCAAUUGCCAACACAGCUUAAUCAGUACAACUCGGCAGCACCUGCUAUGUUUCACAGCUGUAAAGCUGGGUCUCGUUAUCUUGCUCUGGCCCUUGCUUUGGCCCCUUAAAGACAUACACAUCGGGUGGAACAGUGAUGAACCUUUACAUUUAAAGAAACCAUUCAACAUUUCCCCUGCGGUUCAUCAUUGUGGAACAAAAACAUAAAGCAUACUUUGUACAUGUUUUUCAUGUAUACCUUUUGGAAGUGCUUUAGUAAAAAUGUCUGCAAUUUGAUUGUCACCUGGAACAUAUUUAAAUACAACCAUUUCAUCAGCAAUUAGUUUCUUUACAAACUGUAAACGUAAUCUUAAGACUUUAGUGCGCUGCGUAUUGGUUUCUGAACAUAGGAUAGCGAGUCCACUCUGGGAAUCAAGGUAAACUUUUACUGGUAGUGUUACUUGCAUCUGUAGGUCUGCGAAUACUUGCAGAUACCAUUCUACAUCACGAGUGGCCUGAACGCAUGCACAUAAUUCACUCUCUGUUGUGGAGAGACAAAUAAUGUUUUGUGUCUGGGACUUCCAUUCAAAUGGACAACCGUUAUAACAAAACACCAUACCAGACACACCCCUGCAAUUAUUUUGUUCCACUGCAUGAGAUGCAUCACAGAAAAUUUCAAAACCUUUGUCAAUACAUGUUGUAAACUGCAACCUAUAAUGUUUGGUAUGUUUAAGGUACAUUACCACUCUCUUAAGAGCAGAGAAACAUUGUGUAGUGGGCUUUUCCACAAAUUUUGCCAGAAAGUGAAAGGCAUAAGUUAUAUCUGGUCUUGAGAUUCUUUGAAUGAAAUUUAGCUUGCCUAUAGCAGAACGAUACAAAGUUUUGUUAGGAAAUGGCUUAUCUUCACCUGUAAAAGUGAAACCACACACCAUGGGCGUUUCCUUCCCAUUUGCAUUUUCUAAACGUAGCAUUCCAACAAGAUCAUCAAUUUUUGCAGUUUGAUGAACCAGAAAAGAUCCAUUUUUGCCUUUCUCAAUUUGCAUGGAUAAGUAAUUUUUAGCUAUGCCUAAUUCCACCACAUCAAAUUUCUUCUGUAACUGUGUUACUACCUGUUCAUAUUCCUGUUUAGUUUUUGUAGAAAUUAACACGUCAUCUACAUACACACAUAUUUUUGCUACAGAGUUUGCCCUUUCCUUUAUAAACACACAAUUGUCUGCCUUUCCCUGUGAAAAACCAAUAUCCAGCAAUUCUUUUGCUAAAGUUUGGUGCCAGUUCCUUCCACUUUGGUGCAGACCAUAAAGGGAUUUAUUUAAUUUGCAUACCAAACCUUCAGCGGCGUCUAUGCCUUCAGGGACACGCAUAAAAAUUUGUUCUUUUAAAUCUGCAAACAAAUAUGCAGUUUUUAUAUCUAGGUGAUAAACAGAAUGUCCACGUUGUGAUGCAUCUUUUAACAAAAGCUUAACUGUUUCAUAUUUUACACUUGGUGAAUAACACAAAUCAUAAUCUUCGCCUGGAAUUUGUUGAAAACCCCUAGCAACUAAUCUAGCCUUGUACCUUACAACUUCAUUUUUGUCAUUCAUUUUAACUCUAUAAACCCAUUUUGAAUCAAUAAGUCUCAUAUCUGGGGUUUGUGGUACAAGAGACCAAGUGUUAUGCUCUUUUAAAGAAGCUAUUUCAGAGUUCAUAGCUUUAUACCAAUUUACAGCUUGGUGCUUAGGUAAAUUCUGAACAUCAUUGUAGCUUUUUGGCUCAAAAACUGCCUUAUUGGCAUACACAGUAUUAAAAUGUUCAUCUGCAAAACGUUGUGGCUUCUGUCUCUUUCUAUCUGAACGUCUUAGUCCGGAAGGAGAGUCAGACUCCUCAGACUUAAUGGGACUAUGUAAACUACUAGUUUCAGGUUGUAAAUCAUCAUUGUCAGACUGAAGAGAUGCCUGUUGGCUAAGCUCACGGUCAGAAAACUCAAGAGAAUCUAACCUCCCUCGGGUGCCUGUGACUUUAAAUCAUCAAACAAAUUAUCAGAUUCAACAGGCUUUUCGUCUUUUCCCAUUAAUUCAGAAGCACCAUUUCCUGCUGCUGCUGCUGUCUUCUUCUACCUCUUCUUCCUCAGUAUUAUCUAUACCGUUAGUAUCUUGGAAAAUAGCAACGCCAUUCCAAUUUACAGUUUGUAUCAUGCUUCUGGUAAUAUGAAAUUUGCCAGUUGCUGGUAUGUAAAUUCUGUACGCCCCUGCUGGUAGCCCAUUAAUUUUCCCUGGACACUACGUUCACCCAAUUUCUGCUUAGCGGGAUAAUGCAUUAUUACAUCUGAACCCCAAAUGCGUAGGUAUUUCAGAUUAGGGCGUUUUUUAAACAGCUUCUCAUAGUGGGUGACAUCUAAACCAGAAUGAUAACUGCGAUUUCUAACAUAACAAAAGGCAUUGAGCGCUUCAGCCCAAAAGUCUUUGGGCAGAUUAGCAUCGUGCAGAUAAGUUUUAACCCCUGCCUGCAGGUCACGCUGCACAACUUCAACAAGCCCAUUUUGCCAGGGACUUCGGGGGCAAGAUAACUCAUGAGUAGUCCCCUGCGCUUCCAGGAAUUUCUCAAAAUCCUCAGAAACAAAUUCCCCGCCCGGUCAGAAAACAGGUUCUUAAUAGGUUUGUUAAAAUGUGUUUUUACCCAGUUGCAAAAACUUUGUACUUCUCAAAUGCUUGGGACUUCUCAGCUAUUGCAUAAGUCCAACAAUAUCUACUAUACUGGUCUAUCAGGGUAAGCCAGUACUUAGAACCUCCUAAGGAUGGUGGGAGUGGCCCAACUAAAUCACAAUGUACACGCUCAAAUGGCUCAGUUACUUUCCUAUCUGAGCACCUACCCUUGCGUGCAACCUUAAUCUUAUUCUUGCAACAGGAUAGACAUUGCAUAAAGAAUUUACAUGGUUUUAAGUUGAGGCCAUUAACAAUAUUCUUGGUCUUAAUUACAUCAGCAAAAUUCAGAUGUCCCAGAAUUCUGUGCGCCUCAUGGACACACCCAGAAUGUGGCCUUACAUUCCUCAACCCCUGGCUUGACUGUGCUGCUCUGCAAUUUAUAGGCGAUUGGGAGUAGGUGCGAAAAUACAGUCUAUAUAAACCAUCAGAUUCCCGGGCAUACAAUAGACGUUUGUUCCCCUCGAAAAACUCACACAUUGACUUUAAGAAACGCACAGUUAUGCCUUGACGAGCAAAACACCUUACUGACAAUAAAUUGUCCACUGAUGGGCAGUAAAUGCAGUUCGCUAUAGUAAUGUUUAAAGAGUCAAGUUUAACAGUACCCCUGCCAAGCGACUGCAAGACUUGUGAAUUGGCUAAAUGUACAUUACCAAUUUCCUCUUCGAAAGAAAUAAACAAGCUUCGAUCGUUGCAAACGUGCUGAGAUGCUCCUGAGUCCACAAUAAAAGAAUUCCACUUGGCACCUUUAAUUCUUUUACGAUCUCUUGUGCUAGCGUGAAAAGCUCGCGGCUCGUUUCUGUCUUUACGGUACGAUGCCGGCUGCUGAGCUGACGACCGUGACUGACGAACAGAAACAGACUUGGGAGUACUUUGCUUUCUUUUGGAUCUGCAGUCCUUUGCAAAAUGUCCUUGCUUAUUGCAGAACCAACAACGCUUUGCAGCUUUAAAUGCAGUUGUAUCACCACAAGUUUGCAUAUGGCGUUCCUCAUUCUUUCUGGAAAUAGGAGUGCUUAUGGCACAAGCCUCCCUUCUGUCCAACUCGCCCAUUAAUCUUGCCGUUACCCCUUCCACAGUUAAUUGUGCUGGUGGAACGGCAGAUAUCUGGCUAGCUAUACCAUCAAAGUCCUCAUUAAGGGAACAAAGGAUGAUGAAAACAUACUGAAUAUCAGGUAUCUCCAUGUCCCUUCGAAUUAAUUCGCCGCGUAUUGCCUCCAGACGUCUCAAGUGUGCUGCCAAAUCACCACCAGGCUGCAACUUCGUCUGGUACAACUGCUUGAAAAACGUCAAUGCAGACGCUGACUCUUUUCUAACAUGCACUGCUGCAAGACUGUCCCACAUUUCUUUGGCAGUUUUCUUAUUCCUUAUAUAGACUACUUGCUGGUCGCUGACUGCCAAAUUAAUUAUCGCCCUGGCUUUCGCAUCUCCUUUCGACCAAGCAUUAGUCACAGGGUCAGGAGGGUCAUCAGUUACAUAGGUCCAUACUUCUCUAGAGGUCAAAAGCGCCUCCACCCGAAAAGACCAUAAACUAUAGUUCUCAUCUGUCAGCUGUGGGAAGACCAGAGCCUUCUCAGCUUCAGGAACCCGGUCAACCAUUCUGGAACUCUUCCAGACCCACAGAACUACGCUAACAGGAGAAGGAGUUUUCAAACCUUUCUCAGAGUCCAAAAAUAUGCAGUCAUCCACUCAGCAGCUGGGCCCAUAACCAAAGAUGUUGGCUUUUUGCAGUAUGGUAGCGCUGCAGAGAGCUUGCUGGGGAGACCAUGCAUUAAAAAGGGACUCAAAAAUAAUUUAAACAAGGUUUUAAUAAGAAAAACAAAAACUCCUUAUACACUAAAUACAUCAACAAACAAACAUGACCCAACCACCAACCCAUCCCCCAGGGUAAUGGGAGAGCUAGGUGCUGCUCCUUAUAUACUACACCCAAUUGCCAACACAGCUUAAUCAGUACAACUCGGCAGCACCUGCUAUGUUUCACAGCUGUAAAGCUGGGUCUCGUUAUCUUGCUCUGGCCCUUGCUUUGGCCCCUUAAAGACAUACACAUCGGGUGGAACAGUGAUGAACCUUUACAUUUAAAGAAACCAUUCAGCAAUUAAGAAUUCACUGUACAGUAUCCUUCACUUACAGUACAAUGGUCUCCUCAGUGUUUCCCAAACUUGGGUUGCCAACUGUUUUAGGACUAUAAUUCCCAUCCUCCCUGACCACUGGUCCUGCUCGCUAGGGAUGGUGGGAGUUGCACAAAAACAGCUGAGGUUCUUGUGCCUAUUAGAACUGUGUGGCAGGCAGAAAUUCAACAGGUUAAGCCCUUUUCUCCCAUGGAAAUGCAAUUAUGGGGAAAGCUUCACCUGUUCACAUUGGGAAAGCUUCUCCUUUCAGGCAUUUGUGUGUGUGUGUGUGUGUGAGAGAGAGAGAGAGAGAGAGAGAGAGAGAGAGAACCAAUUUAUUUUUGGGCCCUUCACUCCAACUGAAAAACAGCACAACAAUUUGUGUAUUAUAUAGAGCAGAUGUUAUGCAAAUCCACAACCCCCACCCCCCAGUGAUUAUAGUAACUUUCCUUUCAAUAUACUUUUGAUUUACGAAUGAUCCCUGGAGAAUGGGGGUGGGGGAGCUGGAGGGGAGCCUGGUAGCUGAAAAUAGCAAUGAGUGGGUGGGAAUGAAAUGGACCGUUUUUAUAAUAAUUAUUAUUUAAUCCUGUAUGUAUUUGAUUUGGAGAUUGUGGGGUUAAUUUCUGACGCUUAAUUAGGGUUGCCAUAUUCCCUGAAGUCCCCCCCCCACAUGUGCAGGAAAACCCGAACGUAUGGCAGCCCUACCUGAAUCCAUGUCAGGUGUGCAAGAAAAAACAUGCUAAGAUGCCACAAUUAAAAAUUGAGUGAUGUCCAAAUAACAUCAUUUUGUACUUAAAAAAUGCUCAGGGUUUCUGUUUGAAAUACGCGCUCUUUCCUCCCCCUGGAAGGCUGCCUAUUCUCCCCUUGCAGCCCCCCCCACUCUAAUGCAGUUCAGUGUUGGACUGCGUCCCGGGUUCAAAUCCCCCCUGGGCCUUGAGGCUCCCUGGGUGUCCCUGGCCAGCCCCUCCCCUCAGCCGGGCCUCCCUCACAGGGUUGCUGUGGGGAUGAAAUGAAGAGAGGGAGAACCAUAGACAGCACACCAUCUCGAGCUCCUAGGGGGAAAUGGUGAGAAUGAACGUGCAGUAAAGGAAGUCAAUGCUGCAAUUUUGUGUUGCAAGCCGCCCUAAGACCUACAGGUAUAGGGCGGGAUACAAUUUUAAUUAAUUAUAAUAAAUAAACUAAGAAGGACACCAUCCGCAUUGCAAUACAUGAAAUGGUUUCUGAUGCUUCCAGCAACCACAGAAACACCUCCCGCCCCCAGCCCAGCUUCUGCAUCUGGAGGGGGGCAGCAGGAACAGCCCCUCUUCCUCUCUGCAAAGUGGGGGGGGGGCGGGAGGGCAGCAGUGACGGGCUGGGAGGGGAGAAAGUGCUGGGUCAACCCCACGCCCCCCAUUUUGGAUUCUUCUGGGGGGGUCCGUUUCCCAUGACGCCCCCUCCCCGAUUCUGGACUCACCACGCCGGCUUCCAGGCAGAAUGAAAGGCACACCCCCGACCCCGCUUCCUUCCUCUCCCUUCCCCACUCACCUGCCUCCUUCCCAUCCUCUCCCCUGCCUGCCUGCCUCCUCCAGCCGAGAGGGCCACACGCAUCCCACCCGCGACUCCCAAACCUUCCCCGACUCCCGAACUGCCAAGAAGGCCGCUGGCAAAGUGGCGCAGCUCCCCCCUUCCUCUGGCGGCUUGUGCAGCGGGCGCGCGGCACACCGAAUGCCACCCCCCUUAGGGAUGACAUUCGGGGCUUUCCACCCCCACUGCACCCCCUUGCUCUGCCACUGUAUGGAGACUGAACUCAUGUGCUGCUGGCUAAGAGCCAGCAGACAGAAAAAUUACAUUAAGAAUACAAAGUGGCUGCAGGAAAGCAGCAUGGCUCAAAAGAGAGAACAAGACAAGACAAAACUGCAAGUGAGAAAAUGGCUGCGUGACUCGGCUCUUUUGUGGAGUCAGCCAGAGCCAGGCGCAUCUCCCAGGUCACAUGCAGGGGGAGGAUGCUCCAGACCAGUGGAAGAGGACUUUACCCUGACUGGAUGUCCGCCUGCCUGUGCCCACGCUAGGGAAAUAAGGAAUGUGGCAUUUGACUGCACCAAUGGAUUACAUCCCACGGUGCACACGCUGCGUGUGACUUGCCUGCCAUGUUUAUUUUCCUACACUAUCCCCAUAGGAUAGAUCACCCACUGCCUUGUGGGACACCUUUGGGAGAAGAAAAAGCGAAGGAGUAAGCCCAACACAAAUUUGGAGAGGUGUUUUGUUCGCCUCCUUCUGGCAACCCCUGCAGCCAAGCACAUCAGGGCAGCCCAGGACCGCCCUACACACUGCCCAGGCUUGCGUCCCCGGGAGGCCACUUUGGUGCUGCUAACACAGCAAGAACAACACAGAGGCAGCAGUCACGAGUUACCAGUCUCUGCAGCCACAGCAGGCGCUGCGAUUCUCCAGACGUUUGACUUCGCCCCCAGAGGUGCACUGCAUUGUCUCUUGAGAACAACAUCCCUUUAGGAACCUGAGGCAGCUGGAUGCCUUGUCCAAUCUAGGCACUCUUUACCCCCAAAUCACCCUGGUUAUAAUCUGCAACGGGCUUAGUGAGGAGCAAAUACUGAUCGAUAUUUGAUGGGGUCAGCUUUAGGGUGUGGAUUGGACGGAAUAAUUUUCGGAUCCUUUAUGCUUUGCUGAUUCUGUCCAUGAAAAGUGAUUUAAAAAGAUCCAUUUUAGUACAGCCUCUCAGGUUGAAACUAUGGACUCAGCUAUACAGCUGCGAAUAAAACGUUUUAAGUGUGUUGUAAAGUAUAAUAUACAAAUGUGACAUUAGAUGGCAAUGGUGAGCUAUGGCAAAUUCAAUAUAUUUUCCAAAACUUUUUUUAAAAAUCAUUUUCACAGCAUUUUUUUAUAUGUGUGUGGAUUCCACCUAUGCUUCCUUGACUUUGAAAGCAACCAUAGGAGGCUGCAGUCUUGAGGAGGAGAAUGCAGGGGCACUCCUUAACCCUUUGUACUCUGGCUGCUUUCCCAUUCAGAGCCCCCCCCCCUUUUUUGGUUUGCUCUCGGCUUCUCUUUGAGAGUGGUUGUUUUUUUAAAAAAGAUUUGGGUAUUUUCAUCUUUCCUCCUGUUAGUCAAAAAGCAGCUUUGGGGAGUAGAGACUUUGAGCAUCAAAUUGACUCGUUCCCCCCUCAAGAUUGAAGUCCCUGGGUGGGUGUUUUGUGUUGAAAAAGAAAGUUGAUUGAGAUAGACACACAGAGAUAUGUUGCAGGUGGGGUUGGACUUUGUGUUUCAGUCUUGGGGUCUAUGCAUGUCCUCAAGAAGUAUCAAGUCUCACAUUUCUGAGCUACCCUUCUCAUAAUUACUCCAUUUCUAUUUCCAGAUGAAAUUCCUGCUAGCUGGGAAAAACAAAGACUGCACAUAAUUAGCACUUGAAUAGUGACGGAAGGUGUUGAAGAUUAAUGAAAAUGUUUAAAGUUGGUUGAGUGGUUGACGCAAUUUCUUCUGGUGCUGUGUGCAUCUUAACAUUUGCAUGGGGGGAAAUUAUCUUUCUAUUUCUUCUUAAUUGUACAUGUUAUGGUGGAGGGUGACACUGAAGAUAUUAAAAUGUGAAUAACAGAUUGCUGUUUGCAAGAACAGAGCAUCCUAUGCUAUCCCGUUCCAUCCUAUAUAUGUUCCUGUGCGGGCAAUUUGUUCUGGGAAUUACGUUUGUGCCUUUCAAGGGGGGGGGGGAGGAACUCACCUUUCUUCCUGUGACAUUUUCCUUAUUAUCCCCCUGACCCAGAAGACAUUUAAUGAAUAGGUAACUAGUAAGAUGUCUUAUAUAAUUGGUGAGCAGUGAAGUGUAAUGCAAUAUACAAUGGAUCCUACAACCUGUUUCUGAUUAUAUUGGUAUUUUACUGAAAUUUAGUUUCGAUUGUAAGCUUCAUGGGCAGAGACCAGACUUCCUUUUGUUUAAGACUCUGUAAAAUGUCAUGUGCUAGUGGCACUACAUAAAUCAAUGGGAUUUAUAUACCUGCUGGAUGAGGGAGCGUUAGAUAAGCAGAAGUAAUUCUAACAUGUUGUUGAAUUUCUAACUGGGUUUUCUUUAGCAGAGCUUGUAUGGUCAUCUGUCAUGUAUGAUUUAGUUGAGAUUCCUGCAUUUCAGGGGGUUGGACUAGAUGACCCUAAGGACUCUACAGUUCUAUGAUUCUAGUGCAUAUUUAGCUAACUUGCGCUGCCAAAAUGUGCUCAGAAUCUGGACAUUGAGAAAACAACAGCACGUUUGCUGGAUGGAAUAUAACGCCUGAUAACUCAUUUGCCAUGAAAUUAGUUAGAAAAAUCAGACUGUGGUUGUUAACAUUGAAACAACAAUCAGAACUCCCCUCCCCAAGUUCUUUGCCCACAAACCCAGAAGUGUGGGCUGCGGCAUUUUUUGGUUUUCAAGAUCUUGGACACAUUUCCAAACUCAUUGUCAAAUAUUGAUGAAUUGUGUCCCCCCACCCCAAAUGUGGUGGGCAUUGCCUGCUUAGAUGCCCAGCUGAAAUGUCUACAAUGUGCGCCCAAGAAUGUUUCUUCCUAGGUGACCUGGGUCUCGAGUUGAUCAGGCCCUGGGUUGAGUCUGGACACUUAGCCAGCUCGUCUGGAACACCAAGAGAGGAAGUCUUGGAAAUGUUAGGUUUUAAAAUUAUUGUUAAAUUUCUAUACCACCCUUCAUCCGAGGAUUACAGGGCAGCUUACAAUAUAAAAACACAAAAAUACAUAACACAGUAAUGACCAAAAAUAUAACACCAAGAAAAGGGGACUGUGUGUUCUCUGUGGUUAACACAAAGGUGGAAAAUCACAGCAGUGUUGUGCUUCAUGUAACUGUUUUGCCUGUUCUGCACAGUGAUUGUGCAUAAGCUGCACAAGUAGUUAUUGUGAGAUUUGUUUGGUGUUUGUUCAUAUCCUGCUCCCAGGGUGACUUGCAUACAGUCAAUUAAAACAAAGCUGUCUCUGCCUGUGGGCUUACAAACUAAGCAGUUACCAUUGGUAUCUGAAGAAGUAUGCAUGCACACGAAAGCUUAUACAGCGGUACCUCGGGUUACAGACGCUUCAGGUUACAGACUCCGCUAACCCAGAAAUAGUACCUCAGGUUAAGAACUUUGCUUCAGGAUGAGAACAGAAAUUGUGCAGCAGCGGCAGCAGGAGGCCCCAUUAGCUAAAGUGGUGCCUCAGGUUAAGAACAGUUUCAGGUUAAGAACAGACCUCCAGAAUGAAUUAAGUACUUAACCCGAGGUACCAUUGUACCAAAAACAAACUUUGUUGGUCUCUAAGGUGCUACUGGACAAUUUUUUAUUUUUUAUAUAUGUUUUGACUGUGUCAGACCAACCUACUGAAUCUAAGCAGUUACCAGUCGUUCACAUCAUUAUUGCCUUGUUAAACUUUGGCUAUAUGCACAAUACUGGUCAUGCCUUUCUUAAAAUCUUAACAACUAGUAGGUUUUAUGUUGUGGGGUUGUGCUGACCUUGUUGACUUUUUGCUCUACUGGAAAAAGAGAAGGUCUCAGCAAAGGGAUGAUUUCUUGCAAGUGGAGUCAUGCCUAAUAGCUUCCACCCGGUAUUUUGCAUUUGAUCUCAAUUCCCCAUUGCUGCAGUCAGUUUUCCUAUUGAUGGGGGGGGGGGGGGUUAAAUGAAUAUCUUUAGUUAUUAGCUGUACAGCAUCUAGAGUGGUUUUCUCUUCACUUGGCACAACAAAAAUACCUUCCAUUUAAUGUACUUCAUUUCAAAGGAAAAUAGUUUCAUGAAUACAGGUGUGGAAUUCUGAUUUUUUUUUUAAGUGGGAAAUUCCUUUAAUUCUACUCAAUUCAAAAAAUGUAGAUUCAUUUUCAUGACAUUUUCCCCAUAUUAAAAUAUGUUUGCUUUUAGCUCUAUAAUGCAUUAUUCAUCUUAAAAGUUUUUCAAUUGAAAACCAAGGCAGAGAUGGCUGUUGAUCACAGGACAAGAAAAAGUUGAUUAUUUUUUAUGUUUUUGGGAAGGGGCAAUGCUGAUUUCAACAUUUCAUAGAUUGAGGACAUCCUAGAAAAACUGAACAUUGAUGUGUCCAAACAGCAGCUGUUGUUUUCUGCCACUGUUAUUUCAGAGAGCAAUUAUCUUGGGUGUUUGUGCAGCCCUUCUAUUUUAAGUACUGUGUUACCACAUUGAAAACACACCCUCCAAUUUCCUAGCCUUUGAACUUUAAAAACGUAUCCCGAAAUCACUAAGGAUACUGCCAGUGCAAUACAAGGCUUGAUUCCAUUGCUCCAGUCGGUCUAUACAAUUAUUCCAACUAUGGCUAGAAUAUGAACUUGUGCUCCUACAUAUGCAAACAAUAGAAAAGGGACUUUUCUGAAAGAUCUGUAUGGUUGACAUCAGCCCAAGUCAUUCUGAUAGCGGCACUGGUGCAUUUCAGACAAUUGCCAUGGCUAAAUUAUGGGGUUGGUUGUUUUUGCUUAGAACCACAUCAUGGUUUGAGUUUCCAAAUGCACAAUGGGCAAACCUUGGCUUACAGCAGCUUCUCAGCUUGUUUUUCAUCCUUGCAGUGUUUAGCUUCCUAAGUCAGCUCUUAUUUUUAUAGUGCAACAGCCUUGGGAGAAAGAACAAUCUUAACUACUGCUUUUUCAGUUCAGACCCAUGCCAAACCAUUGUUAAGAUUGUGUAUGGCUUGGCAUAAUGCCAAAUGAGUCUGUAUAUCAAGGAUAUACCAUAUUUUUCCAUGUAUAAGACAAGGUUUUUUGCUAAAAAAAAUUAGUAAAAAAUUGGGGGUCAUCUUGUACACAGAACACUGGCAUCCAGGGGGAUUUUUUUUUAAUAUUUAAGCAUAUGUCUGGGAUUUUGGCUUGGGCAGGAUGAGGCGGUCCCUCCUGCUGCCGUCCCCCCUUUCUCCCCCCCCCCCCGGGCUGCAUGCUGGCAACUGGCUCGCCUCCUGAAGCCCCCACUGGCUCAACAUUGGACCGUGAGCAGCUGCCUCUCCUUGCCCUUCUUUCCUUUCCCCCCUCUUCCCCUCUCAGACGCCCUCCCUGCCCCCACCCCGCUCACCCCCUUCCUCAGCUCACUUUGCUCAAUGGCAUGGCCCCAUGCAGAGCGGUCGCUGCCUUCCCGGCUCUUCCUUGGCAUCCUGCUUGGGAGCUGCCACUGAGGAGGAUCGUGGGCAGAGGCGUAGGAAGGCCAGGUGGUACCCGGUGCUGAAAAUUUCUUGGCCCCCCCCCACAUUGAUUUUUAUUUUAUUUUUGCCUGCAAAAAUGGUUUUACGUUAUUUCAUAUUUUCUUACAAAGGAGUGUGGAUUCUGGGCCUCUGAUAACAAGUAGGCGACUAUGGACAGAUACUUAAAUCUACAGGAUGGAUUGUGUUUUGGCUUGUGUUAUUUUAUUUAUAUUUAUUGUUUAUUUAUUUAAUAAAAUUAAUUUUAAAAACCUGCAAAGUGGUUUAUCAAAACAAAAAACAAAACAAAAAACCACAGCAGUAAAAUCAAGAAAAAUUAACAAUCCUACCUUAAAACAUACAAAAGCUAAAAUAUUAAAAUUAAAAUUACUUCAACUUCCAAAGCAUCUAGGUGUGCUUGCCUAAGGAAGAAUGCUUUUAGCAGGUGCCCGAAAAGAGUCUAGCAAAGGCGCAUGCUUUGUUGCAAGAGGCGGGGAGUUCCAAAGUGCAGGUGCUGCCACGCUAAACAAUGCAGUACAGAUACUAUGUGGAACCUGAGGUAGUGCUUGAAACUACUGAAGGGGAGGUUUUAUUUAUUGUGAUUUCACCGUGCUGUGUAUUAUCUGAAAAGGAAAACAUUUAUUUAAAAAACAGGACUGCACAACAUCUAUCUAGUCCCAUCAUUCCCGAGCCGACGGUGCAUAAGAUGGGCUGCAAUCCUAUGCACCCUUUGCAUCCAACUUGUACCUAAACCUCUGCACAAGCCUGCACCAGAGAAUUGUAGAGUUGGAAGGGACCCCUGAGGGUCAUCUAGCCAACCCCCUGGGGCAAUGCAGGAAUCUCAACUAGACCAUCCCUGUCCGAUGGCCAUCCUUCUUCUGUUUUUCUCCUCAGCCAGGACACACAACGGAUAAAGACACAACAAUGGGGACUGGAGGUGGGGGAGGGAAGCCCAGUGGAGGGUAGGGCAGUAGGGCCAAUAUCUUGACCCUCCUCCACGAAAAUAGCUGUUUACUUGGCCGUUUUCCUAUGUCGUGAAGGCUAAAAUUUCAAUUCAGUGGAGCAGGGUCAAGAAAUUCACUGAUAUGCGUGAAAUUUCAGAUAUAGCUAUAUACCGUAUUUUUCACUCUAUAGGACGCACUUUUCCCCCUCCAAAAAUGAAGGGGAAAUGUGUGUGCGUCCUAUGGAGCGAAUGCAGGCUUUCGCUGAAGACUGGAGAGCGAGAGGGGUCAGUGCGCACCGACCCCUCUCGCUCUCCAGGCAUCAGGAAGCUAUCCGCAAGCCUUCGGAGUGCGGCGGGAGUGCCCGCCGGGCUCCGAAGGCUUGCGGAUAGCAGCCUGUUCUGGGGGCUGGGGUUGGGGGAAGCUCGGGCUUCCCCUGCCCCCAGCCCCGCAAGCUCCGGGAGCAGCGGCGAGGUUGUGCGCAAUCUUGCUGCCGCCCCUGGACCUGUUCUGGGGGCUGGGGUCGGUGGAAGCUUGGGCUUCCCCCGCCCCAGCCCCGCGGCUAAAAACAAAGCCGUGCGCAGCCUCUCCUGGCUGGAGAGGUUGUGCGUGGCUAAAGAGGAAGCCAAGACAGCCAGCGGGGUGGAUCCUUUGCUCUUGGCUUCUUUGCUCUUUGGGGCUGGGGGGGAAUAUUUUUUUCUUUAUUCCCCCCCCCAAAAAAAACUAGGUGCGCCCUAUGGUCCGGUGCGCCCUAUGGAGUGAAAAAUACGGUAAUCCCUAGUUUAGCAAGAUAAGACCUUUGGAGCAUGCAUUUUUUAAAAAAAGGUUUUUAUGAACCGCCCUAGUAGGACAGUAAUUGUUCCUUGAUAAUUUGUCACCCCCCUCCAUGAUGGAACCUGGGGCGGACCGCCCCCCCUUCCUACGUCCCUGAGUGUGGGGUGCCCCAGCUGCUGCCUCUGCUUCUGCACCACGGUGCUCCUCAUGCAGGAAACUUUGCCCAAAAAAAGAUAAGCUUGCCACCGCAGAUCAUCCAGAUUUUCACUUCUAUUUUAGGGUUUUGUUUUCUUAAUUUUGGUUUCAAAAAAAUAAGGGUAGUCUUAUACUUGGGGGUGUCUCAUACUUGGAAAAAUACAGUAGAUUUCCAAGGACUGGUUGGCUGGUUCAUUCAUGCUUCUUGCUUCCUGCAGGGAGUUCACAUCCGCAUAAAACGGUUUUGCUCUUAUUUUAUUCUUCAACACGCCUUCAGUCCCGGGUCCAUCCAUUAUACUGCACAUCCUUGCUUCAGCAAAACCUCAGCUAACCAUAAAAUAUAGUAGGAGGAAUUCAACAUAGUGCUAACCAGAUUGUUCCAUUAGUGCCGAAUGUCACGGACUGGCUGGACACUGUGGAAUAGUGGGAGGCAACAGCUGGAGAACCACCCAGGAACCAAGGCUCUGAGCCCAGGGAUUGGUGAUAGGAUGACUACAAAUGAUCCGAGGGAGAAGAAGGAGACGCCUAGGAGGAGGAGGGGUCUGAAGCCGAGACGGUGGAGAGUCUGUGGCAGAGGGAAGUCCAGAAGCAGGAGAGGAGGGAAGCCAAAAGGCAGAGAUGAGUCCGACUGAUGAACAAGCCAGGGUGUCUUCCCCUCCUGCUGUGACAAGCUGCUCUUCCCCUGGUCUCCCAGGACCAGGAGAGGCAUGAAACGGGAGGAGCAGAGACAAGUGUGCCAGCACAGCCUCAGAUUGCUUGGGAAGGACGUGGGAGAGGGGGAAGCUUAGGCAGCUGUGGGAGACCUUUAGUCUCCACAACUGCCUCAUUGGGGCAAGACCUACCGAGAAGAGUUGGCCUGCUCAUUAGGACUGGCACUCCUGAUCUGGCCUUGUUACUCCUUGUGAAUUACAGUGGUACCUCGGGUUAAGUACUUAAUUCGUUCUGGAGGUCCGUACUUAACCUGAAACUUUUCUUAACCUGAAGCACCACUUUAGCUAAUGGGGCCUCCUGCUGCCGCUGAGCCGCCGGAGCACGAUUUCUGUUCUCAUCCUGAAGCAAAGUUCUUAACCUGAAGCACUAUUUCUGGGUUAGCAGAGUCUGUAACCUGAAGCGUAUGUAACCUGAGGUAUCACUGUACAUUGUUUUGUAUUCGUAAGGAAAGAUGGAGAAGUAAAACCACAACAUCUUUUAAUGUUUGCCCCAGGAACUAUGGGGUGGGUUGGGGACUGUGAAACCAAAAUCAUAUUUAAAAUCUUCAAGAUGAAAUAUGGGAGCACAAUCUUAAAAACAUCACUGGAGCUGUCUCACCUCUUAAUUGUAGCAUGGAUAGAGCUGCUUUAAGUAUAUUAUAUUUUGUGUGUGAGGGGAAAAUUCCAGAGGAAUAAGUAUUUGGCUGUUAAACCCUGGAUUGGAUUGUCUGAUGGGCUCUUUAUGUUGCUUUAAGUGCUCCUGUGUUGAAACAUAAAAUUAGUUUACUGUAUUUUUAGAUGAAUUAAAAAAAAUGUUAUGUAUUUUUUCUGUUGGAGAUCAGAAGUUGUACUACACUGCAGAAAGAAAGGGCUUUCCACAUUCUGGGUUCUUAAUCAAUCACAGGUUACAUCUCGGUUAUGGUAAAGCCUAGAUGGUCCUUUAAUAAGACUGUAAAAGUCCUUAGAGACCUAUUAAGUGAUAUUGGAAAGGGCUGGGGGAGAGAACAAUCAGCUUCUUUUAUGAGCUUCCUUGGAGAAGGUUGUCAAAAUGGGCAGGGGGAGUUGUGGAAUUUAUGGGCCAUCCAUUGAUGUGAAUGAUAUUAGUGUGGUAAAUGUCAUUAUACUUUAUGGGGCUAAACAUGUUUCAGUGUGUGUGGAAUUCAUAUUGCUUUUUAACAAUCGUUCAUACAAAUGGGUUAAAUGAAAGAAUCUGACAUUACCCCUUCCUAUUUUUAUUGGGGUUUUUUGUUUUGUUUUUUAAAAGAGUGAUAAUAACAUCUCAACAAAAAUGGAUAGCCGGAUUUUGAUUUCUGCUGGUUUGCUUGAACUGAUUCGUUAGGACAAAAUUUCUUUAAAUCUUUCCAUCUUUGCUUGGCUUUUGUUUUGAUUGUUCAUUAUGCAGAUCUGAAGCAUGGGUGUGCAUGUCUCCUGUUACUAAAUAACUGAAAGAGCAAGUGUACAUUUCUGUUUAUGAGGGCAGCAGAGAAGCAAGAGUAAGAUAGUUGCUUUAAAAAGACCUUUCUUGAUGGUGCUCUAUUGGAUAAUUACCACCCAGUCGCCAGUAUUCCAAGACGGGGCAAGGAGUUAAAGUGAGGGCUGGUGACCCAGUUUUCAGGUAUUUCUGGAUGAUACUGAUUAGCUAGUUCUGUUUCAGUCUGGUUUCUUUCCCAGGUUUGGGAUUGGGACAACUUUGGUUGUCCUGGCUUAUGAUGUGCCGUGGGAGCUGGGCAGGAGAAGUGUGCUUCUCUUCAGCUUUCUCUCUCAGUGGCUUUAACGCCAUUGACUAUGACUUUCUUUUAGAUCACCUGACAAGAAUGGAGAUUGGGGCCAUUGUUUCCCUGGGGCCUCCAGUCCUUCCUGGAGUGCAACACAGAGUAACAAACACACAUUCUAAACAAGGCUGAAAUGCUUUCAGUCAGGAAAUCUUUUGCUUCAGCAAUAGGGCUGCCGCCUAUAUUAGAUGUGGUUUUGCUCUCAAUGAAAAGCCAGGUCUGCCAUUUGUGUUUUCAAUUGUAUUAUUCUCGUGCAUUUAUCUUAUUCUUUAGUGGCCUUUGGUGGUUCAUUUUGAACCAGAAAGGUGGAGAACAAAUGAUUUUGUGAAUAAAAACAAGACAUCAAAUGCUUGCAACAGCAGAGGAUGAAUUCACAACUUUCUCCAGUAUUUUCCAUUUUAAUGGGGCUGCUCUACAGUUGAGUUAUCAGUUGUGGCCAGAGUUAAAAUCUGUGCACAAAUUGAUGGAUUAUAAAUUUUUAGAAGUAUAACUUUGACCUGUCUCUCAAGAGAUUAGGGAAAUUGUGCAUAAGGAAUGACUAAUUAAGGUUGUGUGGUCAGGCUUUGCUAACUACUGUGUCUCUCCAUCUACCAUCAAUAUAAUCCAGAGAGGAGUGCAGGCAGAGAGAAUGUAAAUGAGAAAGCUUUUUAGAAACGAAUUUCCCGAGUCAAAGCUUGAGUGCCUCUUGUUUUGUGAACCUCUUUUGCACAUUAGGGUUACAAAUAUGUUCUUUACCGAUCUCGUGAUUAAAUGUUGACCAGGAGGGGUGAUUCAUACUCAGAAGAGGGUGAAAUGCUGUUAAAGAGAAUAGAAGGAGUUAAAUAACCAUUCAAUGCCUCUUCAUUGAUUUAGUCAUUCUGUGUGGCCUUCCAGAUUAAUAGAUGAUAAUGACUGAUUUGCCUGAGGUUGCUCAUAUUCCCUGUUCAGUUUUCAUAGCAUAAACUGUAAACUAUCUAAUCGUGUCUUAUAUGGAGGAUUAAUUCCAGCUGGAAGGAGUACAAAAUCAACUGGAAAGACAGUGGAAACAGACAAACGGGGAGUGGAGGUUAGAGGGAGCCAGCCCUGCUUGCUAUGACUGCACUCCAUCUUGACGCCAAAUGUGCACAGAUAGUAGAGGCUGGGGGGAGCAGAGGUGGAAUUAUUUUGGUGCUGUGCGUGCAUGGAACUGUAGUGCAUGUUUGUCCAAUGCAAGAGGGAAAUUCGCUGACUUUUCCACAGCCUAUAUAUUUAGUAGCCACUGGCCAGGAUUCAUGGGCAAACUUCCUGGGGGCCGCAUGUCCCCGGUGGGUGGAGCCAUGGACAAAAGUGGGGAGAGCAACAGGUGCAGCUCUUUCAUUUGUGCACUAGGCUGCCGUCCAGCCCCACACAAUCUUUGCACGUCUCUCCAUCCUGGCAAGCAAGAGGCAUUAUUUUGUAGUUUUCUGAUACAUUCCAGCCACACAAAAGCAGUUGAGGAAGGUGUGUGCCCUGGGCAGAGAGAGAGACCUGGAGGGUCCCAUUUGAACCCUGCCUGACACAGAGAAAUAAAGUCAAAAGCAUGGCUGAAAUCAGCUUCCAGUUCCAAACUCUUGUAGAUGCUGAGGAUAUAUGCAAUGUUUAGAGAUACUGUCUGUUAAGUGGUUUAUAAAAUAACUGAAUAGAAAAUGAGCAUUUGAUGGUCUCUUCACCCUAAAACAAACUUUUGGAACCCCCCUCCUCCAAUUUAUAUCUCAGAUCUAUCAUGAGUCUUGCCUAUUCAAGACACCUGGCUUGAGAGCAGUACAUGUGAAAAGGAUCUAGGAGUCUUGGUUGACCAUAAACUUGACAUGAGCCAACAGUGUGACGCGGCAGCUAAAAAAGCCAAUGCAAUCCUGGGCUGCAUCAAUAGGAGUAUAGCAUCUAGAUCAAGGGAAGUAAUAGUGCCACUGUAUUCUGCUCUGGUCAGACCUCACCUGGAGUACUGUGUCCAGUUCUGGGCACCACAGUUCAAGGAGGACACUGACAAACUGGAACGUGUCCAGAGGAGGGCAACCAAAAUGGUCAAAGGCCUGGAAACGAUGCCUUAUGAGGAACGGCUAAGGGAGCUGGGCAUGUUUAGCCUGGAGAAGAGGAGGCUAAGGGGUGAUAUGAUAGCCAUGUUCAAAUAUAUAAAAGGAUGUCACAUAGAGGAGGGAGAAAGGUUGUUUUCUGCUGCUCCAGAGAAGCGGACACGGAGCAAUGGAUCCAAACUACAAGAAAGAAGAUUCCACCUCAACAUUAGGAAGAACUUCCUGACAGUAAGAGCUGUUCGACAGUGAAAUUUGCUGCCAAGGAGUUUUGUGGAGUCUCCUUCUUUGGAGGUCUUUAAGCAGAGGCUUGACAACCAUAUGUCAGGAGUGCUCUGAUGGUGUUUCCUGCUUGGCAGGGGGUUGGACUCGAUGGCCCUUGUGGUCUCUUCCAACUCAGAUUCUAUGAUUCUAUUCAGAAAUCCACACAUUUUGGUAUUGUGUUUUAUUGCUCCUGCCCUGGGAAAGAAGAUGCGUGUGUAAAAUGCGCCUGGCACCUGGCUUAUUUCUAACACCUUUUCCACGUUUCCCCACUUUGCCCCAAAUUUUGGUGAGGCUCCUUUGGAAGGGGUAUGUUGUCUGUGCGUGGACAUUCAGUAUUAGCCGUUGGCAGAAUUCAUCUUGUGGUUGCCACUGGUGGCUGGGCAGCUGCGUUUGUGGACUCCUGUUCCUAUUAGCUGCUCUAGAACAAAUACCUGGUCUCAAAGGUUGCUUUGAGAACAUAGCAAAAGGUGAGCCCUGUCUGCUCCAGCACCUGGUUCUCACAUGGAGAGCCUGCAAGCAGAACCAGACUGUAACCGGACACGUGAUUCCCAGGGACUGGUGUAUGUGGCAUUCAGAGGAAGGCAGACUCUCGGGAACGGUGUCGUCAGACCUUCUGUUUUUAAUGUAAUACUUGGUGGAAUGGAGACAGUCAAAUUGCAGUUCUCUGCGCACAUAAAUUACUGAAAGUAUUUUAUCUCCUUCUUCAGCAGACAGGACUCCCAGAGCAGCUUACAGAUAAAAAAAACCAACCCAAAAAUGGUCCCUGCUCUCAGGCUUAUAAAAUAAAAUAGGUUACACAAAAGGAAAAAAAGGGAUGAAGAGGAAAGAGGAAAGCAAAUAAACUCAGGUGCCAGUUCUUCACAUUAAGAGAGUUGUAAUUCAGGGAGAGGACUGGUCUCUCUUAGAUGACCCUGCACUUUUUGAGCACUUCCUGUGGAAGGCUUAGGAAGAAGUCAGUGGAGUUUUCUCAGAAGUAAACUUUCCGUCAUACGGCUCUCACAGGCAACUCAUAAUGUUUCCUCAGGCUGUCAACCUAUUGUGCAUAAUUAAAGAAUAAGUUGACAUCUUGGAAAUAGCUUUCCAAGGCUAUUAGCUCUCUCUCUCUCUCUCUCUCUCUCUCUCUCUCUCUCUCUCUCCCCCUCCCCUUUCUCCCACCCCCCCACCUCUCAGCCCAUAUAUUUUAUCUGAUUUAACCUUUUUGGGGUGGGGAAUGAAGACUUUAUGAGUUUAGCACAUCAGUUCUAGGAAGACCACAGCAAUUAAUCUUUGCUUGACUGCUGCUUGAUAAAACAAUUAUGUUCAGUGAUCAGCAUUUGUUGAAAGCAUUAUUUGCCUCAUGACUUUUUCCAUGCUGCUUUAUGGGAUUGCCCUGUUCUGUUUAUCAGUCUGAGUAGCCUUUUAUUUCCAAGCAGAGGCUACCCUGGAUGUGUGGGUGAAAGAACUUGCUGGCUGUUAAGUCAUCUUCAGUUCAGUGCAGUGAAUGUUGUGUCCGUAUCAUGUAAAGCUGGAAUGUUAUAUAAUUGCCAAACCGAGAAUAGUCUUGCAGAGAUACAAAAUUCCCAGAAAUAUUGAAGCCAUGGGGAUAGAGGCUUUUCCUUUGGGGCUGGGUGAUGGAGGCAGGUUUGAUAUGUAUAGGGUAAAACAAAUCUCACUGACAUUUGGUGAUAUAUAUACCAGUGAAGGCUGACAGUUAACUCAGUCACAGAAUCAUAGAGUUGGGAAAGACCUCAGAGGUCAGCCAACUCCUUGGCAGUAUAUGAAAUGCAUUCCUACUGCUUGUUUAUAGGUGAUCAUCUAGUCUGUCUGCUGUCAGAACAGCUGAUGCAAUCUGAAAAUUAUUCCUGAAGCCUCUGCUUAUCUCAGUUAGACAAGGUUUUAGGUGCAAAAGUGUAAACCUAAAAACAAACCACAAUGUGUGAAGGAAACUUUACACACCGGUCCUUUAUAUUUGGAGCAAAGUAUUUGCCUUUGAUGCUGCCACAAAGAUGGUAUGUUUUUGGUAUGGCCUUUAUUGUGCUCCAUCAAACAAAUGAAAACAAACAAACAAACAAAUAAAUAUUUGUGGCCUGGUGUGGGAAGUCUUGGUUAGGAUUAGGUUGUGUGGCUUCAUUCCUGAGCACAUCAGUUCCACUGAAUUUAAUGGGAUUUGCUCCGGAGUCAUUUUUCAUAUUUCUUGAGCAAGACUGUAGUUUGGCAGUAGAGUGUCUGCUUUGUGUCCAGGGUCAUUUCUUGGCACCUCCAUGGAGGGCAGUGAAUGGCCCUUUCCAUGAAGCCUGGAGAGCUGCUGCCAGUCACUUUGGAUAAUACUGGCCGUGGAUUCCCAGUGGCAGGCUCUGCUGCCGCUUACUGACAGGAGAAGGGACAAAGCAUGGGAGCAAGCAUCAGAGCCAAGCCACUGCUCCUGGCCCUGCACUGGCACCGCACCUCAGUCCUGGCACUCAGCGCCCCCCCCCCCUUGGGAAGCAGCAGGGAUGCAUGCCACCUCAUGGUGAGGGGGCCCCACCAUUGUUCCUUGUGCACCUGCGCAUUGUAAGGGAUUGUGUCUUUUGGAGAAGCUUGCCUUCCACUCAACUCCAGGAUUCCCAGGACGCUGCUCCAAAGCCAGUGUCAUAACAAUUGCCACCUUUGUGGCUAAGCAAAAAAGAAAAAGAAACGAAAAGUACAUUGAAUCAUUUCCUGCUAAGAGAUAAAACAGAGCUUUGCCUUGGUGCAAAUAGCAGCAUUCUCUAAUAGGUCUCAUUUAUUCUUAUAUUCCUCUUGGGCAAUCUAUAUAAAAAGGAUGACAACAUUGCUACAUAUAUAACAGAGAUGUAUGAAACAAAGCUCUCACAUGGAAACUCUGAGCACAGAUUCAUAGAAUAUUCAUAGCAGAGAUGCACUGCCCUGGAACACAUGCAUUCUGAAGGACCUCUAUAGACUAUUUUAAAAGAAGAGUGAUACUUGUAUAAACGCAACACUUUUUUUCGCUACUGCUUCCAUAACUUGUUUCUUGGAGAAAAAGGCUGCAUGGAUGUUUCCUUCCUCUUCUGGUUCUCCCACUGCAGGCAGCAUUAUUCGCUGUGCUCUUACCUAAAUACAUGAUGAAAAUAGAAACUUAACUCAUAUAAUUACAUUUUUAUACGUUUGGGACCAGUUUAUUCAAAGGACUGCACCCAUGUUUCCAGCCCAUACUCUGAGAGCUAGCUUAGACCUUGGCUUAGGCAUUGGGCGUUUAUCGCUUCCAGUCCCCAGCCGGGGAUCUGGGGCACAUCAGGGUUAACAGAUCUGUCUGGGGAUUUAAGCAGAGAGCCCACCCCCAUUUCACCACAACACAGGGGAGUCCACUGACAACCUUUCAGCAUAUGGCCAGUGACUCCCAUCAACACAGCCCCUUUAACAGGGAACCGUGGGAUCACCGCUGUGGGGGGGGGGAGGCAUGUGUCACUGCUUCACACCACCCCCCCCCCCGCACUUAGGGAAGAUAGACUAAAGGAUUCCACCCAAGGCCUAAAACCACCAAAGUUGUGACAUUUUGCUAUGGGGAAGGAGAAACCUGCCAAUGCGGGGGAAAUCCCUUCCCAGUCCUUUAACAGCAACCUUCAAACAACCAUAGCAGCGCCCGCAUACCUGUAAAGAGGUUAACCUGAAAUAAAGAGCAUAAACAAAGGGAGGGUAGGGCGGGUGAAGCUCUGGAGCUGACUGGGGGCUCCCAAGUAGGCUCCACCCCCUUCAUAUGCAAAGGAGUGAUGGCUACCCCUUCUUGGUCCGCUCUCCUGGCUCCGCCUCCGCCCGUCACAAUGGGUUCCUUCUGAACUGAGGUUUGGCGGGAACCUCAAGGGCUGUGACGUGGGGAGGUGGACCAGGAGCGUUCUGCCGGGAGUCUCAAAGGAUUGGGGGUGCUGCACGUGGCCACGCAAAGGGCUCCGUCCGGUUGAUGGGGAGAGCGGUCAUUCUACAGAGAUCAGGCAUGCCCCAUCCCUCACAUUUUUAAAGUGGCCCUUAUGCUGAUUUCUUCUCCACAAGGUCAUAAAUAGUGGCUGCUUAUUGGGUCAUGGCUAAGUUUUAUUGUUGCUACUUUGUUGUGUUUGAUUCUGCUGUCACUGUUGAUAGUAUAUUUUAAGAACAUUUUAUGAGUUGGAUUUGUAUUUUACGCAUGUAGUAAACCACUUUUGGGAGGACUUCCUCCUAAAAAAGCAGACUAUAAAUCUCUUAAAAUAAGAAUAAUUAGUUCCUAUAAGAGGGGAAGAUAAAUUGUUGUCCUGUCUUUGAGUAGCCUAAAUUAGGGACCACUUAACACUUGGAGGUGUCAGGUGAUCACCCUUGAAGAGGUUGAGUGAAGUGGCAAAAGACACUUUGGGUCCUUGGGCCAACAUCUGAAGAGUCAACUGUCACCAAAGAUUGGCCAUUGUUGAUUUAGUUGUAAUUAUGUUGUGACAUUCUCUAGGGCCUUUUCGCAUCUGAAGACAAGAAGAGUUCCCGGCUAAGAGAGAUGUGA